GUGAAGAGUGAUUCUCCACCCAGUCACCGCGUGAUCUCGCGACUCCCUAUUGGCCGGAAGAGCGGCCUGUCAGGGAUUGUUUUCUUGCCGUCAGGUUAGAUUGUGGCAGCUCCGGGCUUGAGGGAGCGGAAACCCCCGGACACACAGAGCUAAGCUGGGAGGGGAAGAGUGUGGUGUCCGCCCCCUCCCACCUCCUGCACCUUCGGCCGGAUGCUCGGUAGCCUGUGAUCAAGCUCGGAGCUGGGGUAGAGAGCGAGUGUCUCCCCCCCGGGUGGGAGAGGCCCCCGGUGCGGGCCGCAGUGCCGGGGGGAAGGGAUGACUCUGAACUCCAUGAUGGCCUGCUGCCUGAGUGAGGAGGUGAAGGAGUCCAAGAGGAUCAACGCUGAGAUCGAGAAGCAACUCAAGAGGGACAAGAGAGACUCCCGCCGGGAGCUGAAACUGCUGCUGCUAGGUACGGAGUGCCAUAGGCGGCCAGGCAUGGUGGCGAUAAAGUGGGGUGGAAGGAGGGGGAGAGAAAUGACCAGAGUAGGUGGUGCUAUCCAGGUAAAGUGAUUCACUAAAGAGUUAAAAUGUCAGCAUGAUCAGGGCCUGGCUGUGACAGUGGGACGGGAUACCUGGGGAGCUCAGGGUCUGCUUGCAGAAUUGUGUGAAGCUAAAGAUAUGAUCGAGUGAAGGCUUGGCUGGCAUACUCAAUCAUAAGAUUAAAGGGGGUGCGGGCUGGAAUAGUUAGGUGUGAGAAUGCAAUGGUGGCUAACCCUUCUGUAACUAGACUUCCGAUGAUGCUCACCCAGGCUGGCUGUGCAUUGUGGAGAAACAUCUGAUGUCUUAAUUUGCAAUCACUGCUGAAGAAGGUUUAACCCCAAAGUGACAUUUCCAAAGAUGUCUAAACACCUGUACAGAAAUUCACAGGUUUAUGGCUAGUUCUGCUUGAUGUAUAUCGUCAGGAAUAUAUCCCAGGGUUUUCUUUACGAAGUUUGUGUGUAUACACACACACACACACUACAGUCCUGCACAAACCAGUUCGUAAUGCUUGCCAAGGUGCAGUAUGUAGCCUCAGCAAUAUAGGGAAAUACAAAGGAGAGCACUCACUGGACUUUAAAGGACCACUAUAGUGCCAGGAAAACAUACUCGGGGUUAAUCCCUUACCUUUUCCCUCUGCCGGGCUCCCUUGGCGCUGGGACUCUCCUCCUUCUUCCGUCAUCGGCUGCAUGCGCGGCAAGAGCCGCGCCCGCGCAUUCAGCCAGCCUCAUAUGAAAGCAUUCUCACUGAAAAUCACAGUGAGAAGCGCGGAAACGCCUCUAGCGGCUGAAAAAUGAGAGCCACUAGAGGCUGGAUUAACCGAUAGGUAAACAUAGCAGUUUCUCUGAAACUAUGUUUACAGCAAAAUGGGUUAAACCUAGCUGGACCUGGCACCCAGACCACUUCAUUAAGCUGAAGUGUUCUGGCCGCCUAUUAUGGUCCUUUAAAUCACCUUCCAUCUUUAUUCACAGUACGACGUUUUAGUCUCUCCAGACUUUCAUCCUGAUGAAAGUCUGGAGAGACUGAAACAUAGAUGUCACAUAACUAUUGUGAAUAAAGAUGGAUGGUAAUAGAAGAUUGAAAGUCCAAUGAGUGCGCUCGCUCACUCUGUGUUUGUGUGUGUGUGUGUGUGUGUGUGUGUGUGUGUGUAUAUAUAUAUAUAUAUAUAUAUAUUGAUUUAUUUAUUGGUGCUAACACACCAUGCAUUAAAAACUAAAUUUGUGAGUGUAGGUCACCACACUUGCCUGAGAUUAUUGAGAGAACGCUCUUAUCUGCAUCUGCCACCAUUAACUCAGUCUCCCAUUAAUGACAUUACCUUACUCGAAACCUGAAUUAUUAUUUUAAAUAAAUGUUACUUAACGGUGAAGUGUAUAUUAAUGGAAAUUUAUGCCAUCUCAGGGUUUGGGAAACAUUCAGAAACCAAGUGACCUUCAGUUUCCAGAACAAUCAGUGAUAUUAUUUUUCAUUUCAAUAAUACACACUUUACUGUUCCGUGUUUUAUUGGCACAUUAAAGGUUGCAUUUCUUUGAGAAAAGGGGUGUGGUACAGUUGAUGCAGUUAUGCCAUGUACCGUAUAAAUAGCAACAAUGGCACUCUCUUGACCCCUUUAGAAACAGUUGCUACAUUAUGUCAUCAAAAUCUUGACUAUGUAUAUUCAUGCCAAAAUGAAAUGGUCAUCUAUUUUGUUUUGGCUGCUCUAUACUGCCCAAAAGUAAGUAGUUAGGUGGGUCAUUAAAAUAUAGAAUAUGAUGAUGGAUUAUGAUGGCAUAGAUCAUUAUACAUUUUUUUAUUUAUUUGUAGAACAUCAACAUAUUCCCAGGACAUGCUUGAAAACAAGAGUAAUCUCAAUGUAUCCAUCCUAUUAAAAUAUUUUAUAAAUAAGUAUUCAACAGUGCAUUCAAGUAAUAAAAAAAAGUUAUACAAACAGAAACAAGAGUGCCUUUUUCAAACUGACUUGCAAUAAGGUCUCUCUAUGUUCAAGGACAUGCGGAUUAAAAGUAAAGUGGUAUGUGAGCGUUAUAUGUCUUAGUUAGCAAGUUUAAUUCCAAGAUUGCUAAUAUUUGGCACCCAAUUUUUAAGCUCAUGCUCAAUUGUUACACUUUUUUGUUAAACUCAAAAGGAUUCCUAGUUCACAGUGACAAAGGUCAGCCACUAUCAGUUGUCUGUACAGGCCUUGACAGAUUUCCAUAGAAUACACACCUGCUUAGAAGUAUAUUUAUAAAUACACACAUAACUAGCCUCUUGCUUACUUGGAUAUAAAGUCACACAUAAUUAACACAACAAGAUGUGCGCAUACAUGCAUUUUCAAUUGAACAGGAAACACAGCAGGUAACACUAUGCAUAUCUUAGUUGAUAAGGCCCAUUUUUAUUUGAAGAGCACAUGAAAGACAAAUGUUUUGGGACCACUGUCAUUUUCAAAUAAUUACUUCCCUGCUGCUCAUUUAUAUCAGCAGUGAGAAGACUGUGAGAUGCUGUAUGAGACAAAGUUCUAAAAGGAGUGCCUUCAGCAGGCACGAUACAUUUUUUUUUUUUUUUUUUUAAUGAUGGCUCUGCAUUUUAGCAUAAUGUCUCCGACUUGUUUAUACAAAGAAUCCAUAUUUAAUCAAGCAAAUUGUUUAGCUUUCGUUUGUCUCCUAAAUUGGGUCCCCACAGAACUCUGAAGCUUCUUGUUGGUCUGUUGACAUGCUUCUGGCUUCUGCAGAGCUGUGGAAGCUAAUACUGGUGCCAUUCCCUGGCAGAGCAUUUGCUGACCACUCUCACUAGCAAUUCCAGUACUCUAGUUCCAACUUCGCAUGUGCUGCCUUUUCUGUGAAAUGUACCAUAACCACUUCAAAUUACGGAACUGGUCAAGGUGCUUGGAGAAACCCUUUAAAGGUGUAAACUUAGCACACAUACCACAUUAUUUUAAUUAAGUGGCUUUGUUACUUUUAAAACACACUUUAAGUGCCUGUAAUAUUGUCAGCCACCAGAAGCACUUUCAUGAACUGCUUUAGAUGUUUGAUGCUUUAACUUUCUAUGUUUUCUUGCACAGCAUGACACACAACUGUCUUCCAAAGAAAAGCAUUGGAUUUGGUCCUUCUUUUUUUCCACCCCUUUAUUUUAUUUGCAGUUAAAGGGCACUAUAGUCGCCAAAACAACUUUAGCUUAAUUAAGCUGUUUUGUUAGGUUUGGUGCACGUUAGCAGCUAAAUCACUUUACAGCCCUAGUCACACUUACCUACAAGUAACUGCACAGUCUUCCUAAACACUUCCUGUAGAGAUUUAAUGUUUACACUUAAUUUCUUGCAAAUUUUGUUAAUGUUAACCCAAACAUUUAAAUUAACAAAACUAUUCUAAAAUAAUAUUCUAAAAUAGUAUUCAGUAUUUUCCUGUUAGAAGGGUCCAUUUAGUGGAGCUCAGUGAUUACUGCAUGCACCAUAGGUCCUCAGUGCAUUUCUGUAAGAAGCAUUGGAUUGAACUGAACACGUUGUUUCUAUAAGUACAUGUUUUAAGCUACGCAGCCCAGGUUUUCUGAUAUCUGUAUUUCUGAUAUCAGGUGAUUAGUAGAGCUAUUGUUCAGAAUGCAUCUUUUAUAGUGUCAGAAUGGAGUUGAGUAGCUUACAUUUAUGUUUUUCCCCACUCCCAUUACACAAUCAGCCUUGAGCUUUGCCCAUAUUAGAAGGUAUUUUGGCCAAUCACAAGUCUUUCAUUUUGGUCUGUGGAGUGUGAACUGUUCUCAAACAGAACUGUGAUUGUUAAAGUACACAAGACAUUAGCUGCUUAAAGAGACACUAUAGUCACCAAAACAACUUUACUUUAAAGGGACUCUCCAGUGCCAGGAAACAAACCGUUUUCCUGGCACUGCAGGUCCCCUCUCCCUCCCACCCCUCAUCCCAUGUUGCUUAAGGGGUUAAAAAAGGGGUUAAAAAAUGUCCCUCGGUGCUGGUUCACGGUCCGCCCACGCUCCUCCCCCACCGUCAUCUGGCGGGGAGACCUAUUGAGCAUGCGCGGCCGCCGGCAGGGGAGACCUAAUGCGUGGCAAUGCCGCACACGCGUGUUAGACCUCCCCAUAGGAAAGCAUUAAAAAAUGCUUUCAAUGCUUUUCUAUGGGAAUUUCAGUGACGCUGGAGGUCCUCACAUAGCGUGAGGACGUUCAGCGAUGCUAUAGCACACUUUUCGUGUGCUAUAAACACUGAAGUGCCCUCUAGUGGCUGUCUUGAAAAAGACCCUAUAGGGGUCGAAACGUCGAUUAUUGGAAGAUUUUUUUUGUGCACAUUUAAUUUGCAUAUGAAAUAAAUGAAGCACUUUUGAAGACCUGUGAGUGCACCUUAUUUGCAUAUUUUUGUAUUUACAACGCUGAGGUUUGCACCAAGGCAAUAUUUCUUUGAAUACCUGCAUUAAAGGGUGAGUGCCAAGAUUAUCGCUUUUUAUUUAUUUAUUUAUUUAUUUAUUUAUUUGUAUAAUUUGCAAGAAAAAGUAUGUGAACCCUUUGGAAUGAUAUGGAUUUCUGCACAAAUUGGUCAUAAAAUGUGAUCUGAUCAUCAUCUAAGUCACAACAAUAGACAAUCACAGUCUGCUUAAACUAAUAACACACAAUGAAUGAAAUGUUGAUAUGUUUUUAUUGAACACACCAUGCAAACAUUCACAGUGCAGGUGGGGUCCUUUUUUGCAGAGGGGGGGACUGCUCCCCAGUGGAGCAGAACUGCGAUUGCCGGCGUGGGAACGGCGGUGAUUGGGUAAGUACAUGGGAAUGGUGGGAGGGAGGGGUAAUUAUUAUUAUAUUUUUUUUUAAUUUUAAUCUUCACGACCCCUUCGAGGCACUCCGCACAGGCAGAGCAUCGGAAGCCUGAUGACUUCCGAUGCUCUGCCUCACUGCCGAGCGCCACAUGGGGCAAUCCGUAAGUGAUCGCUCCUGCAGUGGGGGGGAGGGGGUGUUGCACAAUGCCUCGACAUGAAGGCAUUGCUGCAAUAUCGUUCGAGCGCUCUAAUUAGCCGCGGACGUAUCGGGCACGUCCGGUCCUUAAGGACUGUUUUUUGUCGGACGCACCUGAUAUGUCAGAGGUCACUAAGGGGUUAAGGGGGAUAUAUGCAUGUGACAGAACCAACUAGCUGGGAAAUACUUUUAUUGCUCCCUCAUUCGUCUGUUUGUUUGGCUAUUUCCUUGUCCGUACGGUCCCCACGCGUGUUUCUAUUUUACUGAACAAUUCACUGAACGACUGGCCUCCCAGCAUGGAAGUGUGCUGCUUGUUAACCAGUUAACCUCUUGGCCUCAUUAGAACGUUGUGGUUAACCGCAGACACUUCCUAAUUGUCAAAUGCUGACUGGGUGGUCAUCGUUCGUAUGCCGACCAUGAGGCGGCGGCCAUCUUGGACAUACGAAUGCUCAGCGUUGUUCGUCGAUGAUUUAAUGGAACUAAAAAUGGACACUGUUUCUCACUGUUUUUGUAACACCGCUGAAAACCGCCUCCCUCCUAUUUUUACAGCAUAUGAACGCCGGUCCGUUCGGUAGUUUAUUUUCACGAAUAGACUUAUCCCAGAUAGCUGUGCCAUGGAGCCCAUUUGUAUAACGAAAGACUAUAUGAAAGACUUUGGCUCCAUGGUGAUUUAACUGUGUGUAUAGGAUCUGAGCGCCAUUCAAUAAUGUGCGCUCAGGUUUGCACCAAGGUACGUGUGGAAUGUAUCUAUUGUGUUCGGUAGUUCUUGUAUUAUGUAUUUUUGUGUUUUCACUAUUCUGUGAAAAUGGAGUUUGGCCUCUGUCCUCUGAGAUAAUUGAGUUACUUCCCAAUUAUCUCCAGGACAGAGAGGAGGGUCCUAUACUGUAAAAGAGGAGUGUUUAUGUCUUCCCCCCCUGUGAUUGGAUAAUGUACAAUAUGUGUCCCAGUUUUACACCAGGUCCCCUAGGAGUGUGUGUCCACCUGGUGGAAAACCUGCAUAAAUACCGGGCAGGUAGCCCAUAAUAAACCAGAUUCCUGCUGACACUCAAUACGGAGCUUUGUCUCGUACUUGGGGGGGGAUUUAUUUGUAUGUUGAUUCUCGUUCGGCUGUUUGGAGAGUGUAUGGUUCCUGUUCGGCUGAUUGGAGUGAUCGGUAGUUGCCUUCGUAUUCGGGAAAGGAGCAUCUUAUAUGGCUUUAACCCCUUUUUAUCCCUGGGUUACCGUCAUUCUAAAUGUAUUUUGAUUUAAAUAUAUGUAUAUUAGUAUCAAAAUACAGUUAGAACAAAUUUAAACCAGUAUAUAAUUAUUUUUUAAUUACAUUGUUUUUUUUUUCCAUUUUUUUUUUUUUUCAUUUUAUUUUAUAAACUUUUAUUUAACUCAGGCAGGCCCCCUGCAGGCACUGCACAAGCCGGCUAUUCCGGCCAUGUGAUCACGAGGACCACGCGAUCACAUGGCCCCGGGAAGGCUGGAUCGGGCAUUAGGGGUCUGUCUCAGCUCCCAGGCAGACCCCAGGAUCGCGAUUGCCAACGGGGGAUUGCCAGCGAUCAGUUAAGUGCCAAUUUACUAAAUGACAUACCAGGUACGUUCGCGAUCGUUAAUGACCGUUUGUAAAAUUAAACAUUUUAAAGUAAGGAAGUAUAAACAUUAGAUGACUCCUUACAGGAAUUGUUUAAGUCUCAUGCAGGGAGGUGUAAACAAACUGAUUUAAAUCCUAAAUGACAGAUAAUUGAGCAAUGCGACUGCAGGGGCAUGAUCUAUACACCAAUACGGUUUCAUUAAUCAAAAGUUGUUUUGGUUACUAUAGUGUCCCUUUUUGACUUUCUUUGUUGAGAUUAGAUAUAGGACAGCAACUAACAUACACGUGUCCUAGUAUGUAUGUAGGGGUGAGGAGGGUGGACUGCACUUUCUUAGUUGUGCUCAAUGUAGAACUUUAUGUAACUUGAAGUUUAUUUAAAGGAUCACUAUAGGGUCAGGAAUACAUGUUUGUGUUCCUGACCCUAUAGUGUUAAAACCACCAUCUAGCCCCCCUGGGCCCCUCAUACCUCCAUAAAUAUAGCAACAUCUGCAUGCUGUUUGCCUAAAAAAAAACAAGAAGUCUGCUGACCUCAUCAGAAGUGGUAGUCUGAUCCAAUCACAGUGCUUCUCCAUAGGAUUGGCUGAGACUGACAAAGUGGCAGAUCACGGGCAGAGCCAGCAUGAUUCAAACACAGCCCUGGCCAAUCAACAUCACCUCAUAGAGAUGAAUUGAAUCAAUGAAAGUUCAGUGUCUGCGUGCAGAGGGAGGAGACACUGAAUGUCUGGAUGCAUUUUAGGCAGCUAUGUCCCAGGAAGGAUCUCUAACAGACAUCUGAGGAGUGGCCAGUGAAGUUAUCACUAGGCUGUAAUGUAAACACUGCAUUUUCUCUGAAAAGACCAUGUUUAAAGCAAAAAGUCUGAAGGUAAUGAUUCUACUCACCAGAACAAAUUCAAUAAGCUGUAGUUGUUCUGGUGACUAUAGUGUCCCUUUAAAACUUGCUAUUUAUGAAUACUUGGUAAACUACAAAUCCCAAAAACCUUUUUCUGUUCUUCCGGAAGGCAUGCAGUUGAGUUAUUGGACCUUUUCAGUUUAGGAGGGAGGGGCAGAAAGAGCUUUAAAUAAGUACAGGAACCAACAAGAAGGAAGUAUUUUAGAGUGGAGGAGGCAGGCUUAAAAGGACAGUCUUAGGCAACAUAUGGUUAGGGUGCCUGGAGUCCCAGGGCACCCUUCCUUAGUUAAACAAUUUUCAAACAAUUUACCAGUGAAUCAGGGUCCCUGGGUGACUGCAGCUUGACCCUCUGUGACAGAAUGGCUAAGGAAUAGUAUUCCGAUUUGGUCCAGGUAUAAAAAUUGAGAUAUUUUUGAAAAGCAAAUUUGAUUUGGAAUUAUUUGGUGUUUGAAGUUUUAUACUCUUAUAUGUAAAGUAUUCUCCUCUCCAUCUUGUAGGUAUUUACUCAAAGUAAUUGUAUAGGUUUUGCAAAAUAAAAAUCUGUUCUUUCUUCACAUGUCAAUCAGUUUAAAGGGUUUCUCCAACUUCAUGACCAUUUGUGAUUUUAGAAGUGGUCAUGGAGAAAGGAGUCCCUAUGUGCAGUUUUUCUGCUUGAUACAGCAUCUGUUGAAAUAUCUCUCAUUUUACACAGCGUGGGAAAGUUCUUUGGAAUUUUCCCACGCUGUGUAAAAUGACAAAGAGCACUCUGGUUGGCUUAAACCCACCAAUCAGUGUUCUUAGCUUAAUUGCAGGGCGGGGUAAGGCUUUAUAAGCCUUCCUCCGCCCUGUGGAGCCCUCCAUGGGUGAAGAUGGGUUAUUUUUUUUGCGCUUAGGUUUUUUCUUUUUCGUCUGGGUUUUGGUUUUGUUUUUUGUUUGUUUUUUGCGCUCUGACUUUUUAUUUUAAGUUCGGGUAUGAUGGUUUUUUAUUUGGCCUUUUUUGGGGCUGAAAAAUUUAAGAUUUUAGAAAAAAAAACGUUGAAUGGUAAGUUUAAUUUUACUUUACAGGUGAGUAAUUUUAUUCCCCCCUCACUAUUUUUUAGGGUGAGGGGGGUAGGUAGGGGCCUUUUUAUUUGGGUGGGGGGUGGGUGACUAGGGGCUUAGGGACCCCUAGUCACCUUUGAUUGGGAUGGGGGUCCCCUCAUUAUCUUUAUUUGGGUGGGGGGUGGGUGACUAGGGGCUUAGGGACCCCUAGUCACCUUUGAUUGGGAUGGGGGUCCCCUCAUUAUCUUUAUGGCCCCCACGCGCCGCCCAGGGGUGUGGGCCGGUGGGGGGAGGACGACAUUAGGUCCCGCCCCCCCCUCAUUAUCAUUAUGGCCCCCACCCGCUGCCCAGGGGUGGGGGUCUGGGGGGGGAGGACAGUAGGUCCCCGUCCCCCCCUCAUUAUCAUCAUGGCCCCCACCCGCCGGAUAGUAGGGUGUUUUUUUUUUUUUUGUUUUUUUUUACAGUGAGCAGCCCCAGGCUAUUAUGACCCCCAUAGAGUGAGGAGGGACCUGGGGGGCUUAUGAAGUGGCGGGGAGCACAGCUCUCUGCCGCUUCUAUAGUUACAUAUUACAAGGAGGGAGCUGCGUGCCGGUAGCUCCCUCCUUGUAAUAAACUGAACGAACACCGAUACACAGUGUUAGUUUGUUCGUCUGAUUUUUUUUUUUUUUUUAUGCAUUAAUUCGUCUGUCUGAAUGAAUGAAUAGAUGAAAUUCCCGUUCGCAUGUCUAGGUGUUUCACAGGGCAUGUGCGGGAAUCUCACAGUCUGUCUAGUGUGGGCAGAUGACGUGUCCCACAGGGACUUCAUCUACCCACACAAAGAUGGCGGCGCCCUGAAUAAAGAUCAGGGCAGAAAAUAAAGAAUAAAAAAUAGGUAGUAUGGGGGGCUUAGGGGCAUUUAGGGGUGACUAAGGGGUCAAUUAGAGAUAGUGGAGGGGGGGUUAAAAAAAACAGGAUUCGGCAUGACAGUGCCGCUUUAAUGGAAGCGAAUUAGGGAUAACAACACACGAAAAAAAGGACUUGGGAAUUGUUACAGACAGCAAACUAUUGAACCGUGUGCAAUGUCAAUCAGCAGUGGCUAAGGCCAGUAAGAGAUUGUCAUGUAUGAAAAAGAGCAUUCAUUCUCGGGAUGAGAAUUUCAUUUUGCCUCUUUAUAAAUCACUGGUUAGACCACAUCUUAAAUAUGCUGUGCAAUUUUGGGCACCUGGAUAUUAUGGCACUAGAAAAAGUGCAGAACCUGGCUACAAAAUUAAUAAAAGGAAUGGAACAUAUCAGCUAGGAAGAAAGGUUAGCAAAUUUAAACCUCUUUAGUUUAGAAAAACAUUGCCUCAGAGGGGAUAUGAUAACAUUAUACAAAUAUAUCUGGGGCCAAUACAAACCAUUGUGUGGAAAUCUAUUCACAAACUGGACUUUACAUAGGACACGAGUUCAUGUGUUUAGACUGGAAGAAAGAAGAUUUCGUCUAAGGCAAAGAGAAUUUUUUUUUAUUUAUUUUUUUAUUGUAAGGACAUUAAGGAUGUGGAAUUCUCUGCCUGAAGAAGUGGUUUUAUCAGAGUCCAUACAGAUGUUCAAACGGCAACUAGAUGCAUAAUUGCAAAAACAGAAUAUUCAAGGAUAUAAUUUUUCUAUGUAGGGUAAUAGCUUCUUGAUCCAAUGAUUAAUCUGACUGCCAUUCUGGGGUCAAGAAGGAAUUAAUGUAAUGGAUCUAGUGUAUAUAGCCUGUCCCUGUAGCCUUUUCAGUGUAAAAGCUACCUUUUCAGAGAUGAGGCAGUUUUUACAUUGCUGCCUAGUAACACCUGUAGUGGCUGUCACUCAGAUGGCCACUAAAAUGUCUCCUAUCUUAGUCCACAAUGUGCAGCACCUACAUUCAGCGACUCCACGCUUUGCAUGGAGGCGCUAAACGUUUCACAUAGAGAUGCUUUUGAUCGACUUUAAUGCAUCUCUAGAAGGAGAUGCUGAUUGGUAAUUGAUAAUCUCGGCUAUGGAGGCGGGCCCGCUGCAGCGAGACCGGCACGGUGCUGGAAUAAAACAUGAGUAAAAACCUAAUUCCCAAUUCAAUCGGAGGGGGCUGGUGACUAAAACAUAAACAUUCACUGACAGACACACAUGAGAGACACACACUUGCUAGAGACAGUCACACACACACAAAAUAUUAUUUAUUAUUCACACACAAACAUUCAGACAGACAUCAAAAAAGAAAAAGUUUUUUUUUUUAAGCCACCCUCCUACUCUUUCGACUCAGGACGGUUAGUGGGGCUGGCUGCGGCUAAUGUGAGUAGGCAGCUGCUGUUCCAGACUUCCCCCUUUCCGCCGCUUCCUCUCUUUCCAGCUCUGUGCGCCGGGAGGAAGUGAAGGGAACUGUAAUUACUUCCUCCCAGCGAUGAGGUCACGCACGAUAAAGGGCGGCCGGUGUGCUGCAUUGGGACGGGAGGUCGCCAGGGUCGGCUCUGCGGCAUGGGGGCAGGAGGCGGGCGGGGAGCAGGGUCGGCUCUGCAGCAUGGGUCUUUACCUAGUGUCCUGCCAUGUUAGCUUGCCUCCCGUCACACAGAGAGCUGCAUGGGGAUUGAGAAAUCCCAGGUGCCAGGGCAAAAUAUUUAGUCGCCAUGUCAACCUUGCGCCUGGGAUUUGUCAAGUCUUGGACUAAGAUAUUGUCAUUGUGGAACACAAAAAACACGAGUCUACUCGUGACAGAGCUGGUUUUAAUCCUAUGUAAAAAUUACCCUGAGAGUGCGGUCAAGAAGGACUGUGUGCGCGUGGCUUGCACAAACACUGUUUUUAUAACGUACCUCCAUUAAAUCUUCACCCUCCAUUCGUAAUACCAUCAUAAUAUCCUUCCCUUAGCCCACCUCUCUCACUGUUUGAGAACAGGUAUACCCUCCUACAAGUGUGCAUUCUACUUUUUAUCACAUCAAAUACAGCACAUGUUCUCAUCCGAUCACUGCUGUUCAACUAUGGAUGAAUAUAUCUAAAGCAGAAAUAUAAAUAAUAAAUUAGAACAGGCUCUAUUCACCACCAGCCCCCAUUCCAUUCGCGGCAGCCCACUCACAUUAGAUGCAGCCAGCCCCACUAAUUUAAUGUCUCUUGCUGUGCCCAGUCCCACUGGACCGCAGGGAAGCCACUCACCUGUGCCCACAUUGUGCAGCACUGAGAUAGAAGACACUUUAGUGGUCGUUUGAGUGACUGCCGCUAGAGGUGUUACUAGACAGCAAGGUAAACACUGCCUUUUCUCUGAAAAGGAAGUGUGUACAUUGAAAAACCUACAGGGACAGGUUAUAGACACCAGAGUCACUAAAUUAAGCUAUAGUAUUUCUUUAAGUACUGUAUUUUUUGAUGCUGAAAAAAAACUGGCUACUACAUUGAAAGCAAAUUUGUUAAGCCCUGAAUUAGAAAUAACACAAACAAGGGAAUUAGCUACAGGUACCUGCAGAACAAAAAACGGGGCGCAAGAGAAUACUGAGAACGUGCAGCAGCUGAAAUAGCAUGUAAAUCGGUGGGUCCCCACUCAGAUCUCAAGCUGGUUUUAGCUCAUCUUGUGCCAUUACAGAGAGAACAUAUCUGAAGCAUAUCAGACUGGUCCCAUCCAUUUGGGCAGUCCAGAUCCGAAAUGCUAGCAAGUUUCCUCUGCACGCGAGACACAGCAACCCCAGCCGAUCGUUUCAGCCUUGUUAGGCAUCAUCAGUGAGGCAUAGCUGAUAUCUCUCUAGGCACCGUGAGCAAGGGGUCCACUUCUGGAUUACCCUUUAAACUUAUGGAGAGCAAAAAACGGGGCACAAGAGAAUUCUGAGAACGGGCAGCAGCUGAAAUAGCCUGCCCAUCGAUGGGUACCCGCUCAGAACAACGCUCUUCCCAGAGCCUCAGCGCUGCCUCCUAGCCUUAAGGAUUGUUUUCUCUUGCCAGAACAUUGCCAAGAGAGGACAGCCAGGUCUCUGAUUUGCACUCCAUCCUCCCCAUGUUUACCUCUAAGGGGGAGCUCUCUGUUUUCUCAGAAAAACUUUCUUGCCUUUUCUUGUAUGAGAACCUGGAUUUACAGGUUCUUGCUGACCUUAAGAGAGGGUGCCUUUUCCCAGCUUACUACCUGGAUGGAUGACCUUGAUAACAGAGGCCAAAGAAUGAAUAUGCACACAAUCAAGGAGGCAGGUCUAGGUGAAAAGGUGGUAGUCACUCCACAGGCCUUAUUCAUGCACUUUUUCGGACAGUGAUAUGGCCACAAUAUUGUACUUAAAAACGUAAAGCACGUAGAGCUCUGUCCCUUGCCUCCACAGGGGGCCACACCACAAGACAUAGUUUUAUGCUUUGCUGACAUCUUUUUGGCCCGCCAAACUUUGCACCCCAUCACUUGGGUUAGCUCAGAGAUGCUAACCCACCCUACUGGUGGGGUUUUCCCUUGGCACUAAUGGCAUGCUAAGGUACAUACUCUCACUUCAUCCACCUACCAUCUAAUGUGCUGGGAUUUACAAGGCCCCUUGAUGUUGAUUUCUGCAUCACUUGCUUCUCUGCAGAGGUGUCGUAUGGGCCUGAAGCUAUCUAGGUACUGGUUCGCCAUCACAAACGUUUAGUUGUUGGGACAGUCUUUCCUGCACCUGCCUUGAACUGUGCCUAAUUUUGUAUUUUUCUGCUACCUCUCAAUUGUUAUGUAUAUACUCUUGCUAUUUUGCUAUUCUGCCGGUGAGGUAGAUCAGUGGGCUAAUGCAUAAUCAGUAGAAUCUGUUCAGCCCUUGGGUGGCAUUGACUGGCCUUGAAUCAUAGAUCCCUUUUGCAUGUACUUUUUUUCUCAGUCAACCUCGGGUCUCUGUGCUAUUUUGUUUUAGAUUGCUCUUUUGUGUUUGGUGUAUGGGACUGUGUGACUUUUUGAAGUUACUCAUUGUUGGUUUUCUAAUUGGGAAUAUUUAUUUUCUUUUUUAUUUUAAUUUUUUUUAGCUGAUCACGAUCCCCAUGUACCUUCUGGCACACUAUGGGAUUGACUGUGAAGUUCACCAACACCUGUUUUUCAGAGGUGUUGGGAGUUUUCCGUGGCAGUAAAGAAAGGGGUGGUGCUUCCUGCUAUGUUUGAGUAUAUGAGGUGAUGGAAGAACAAAAACAUGUAUUCCUGAUAAUAUAGUGCAAAACCCACCAUUUAGGUGGCUUGCUCCCCCUUUAGUCCCCUUAAAAGGAAUUAAACCUCACCUUAUUUCCAGCGUUGCGCGCGUCUGCCAGCGAUGGCUCCGUCCCCUUGUAAACAUCAUCAGAAUUGCUGAUUUUUAGCCAAUCCAAUGCUUUCUCUACUGUGCAGCACUGAGCCAGGAAGCACCUCCAGUGGCCAUCUGAGGAGUGGCCACUUGGAGGUGUCCUUAGGGGCAAUGUAAACACACUGCCUUUUCUCUGAAGACAGUGUUUGCAUGAAAAUGCCUCCCUAUAAUUAUACUCACCAGAACAACUACGUUAAGCUGUAGUUGUUCUGGUGACUACAGUGCCCCUUUAAGUCCAUAUUGGACGACAAUGCACAAUAUUGGAAUAUUUGAAAACUCUCUGGAAUUUCAUGUCCAGUAUGAACUUUAUCAACUGCUUACUAUUUUGGCUUGGAAUAACAAGUACCGAACACUGUUUUGAGUGUAUGAUCUAUUAUUUGUAUGUAACGUUUUCUAGCUGAAUGUACAUGACACUGAACAUGGCUUAUGCUUCUAAUUAAGAGAAUCUAUGGAGUGGCUUAAUUGCCGUGUCCUCACUACUUUUCUGUGAGAAGCAUUUGAUAGAACAUCAUUUUUCAGAUUGUUGUGCUUGUGCUUCUGAGGGUUGAGUGUGGAAGGAUCACGAGACUGGAGACUGUUCUGGAGCUGGAUUACAGAAAAAAAAAAUUAAUAGCAUUUUUCUAACUUUGUCAUUAAAUUUGUUCAAUAUACUCUGCAAAUAAUUUGAAUAUUUUUGGAUAAAGUGUAUACAUUUUUUAUAUAUAUGUGUAUGUGUGUGUGUCUUGAUAUUUUAAUAAGUUAAAAGUAAUUCGAAAUGUAUAUCCCCCAAAAUGUCAUAAUUUGGAAAGCUUAUCCAAAUAUAUUAAAAUGAGGCCUUACUUUUCUCAAACACCAGUUUGCUUACUUGGCUGUACAACUACCUGACUGUCACCAAUUUCUCAAAGGUACACUCAACCCACCCCCCCACCCCUAUUUAACAAAAAGUGUAGUUUGCAGUAGAAUUAAAUAAAACUUUUUACACCCCCUGACUGUUAGUCAGACAACCUGUACUGUUACGUUCUGGCCUGUCAGUGAUUGGACAGGCACAGAAAGUCAGCACUGGGGAAGAAAGGGAAGGCUUGCUAGGCAGCAUACAAGAGAGUAGCAGCUUUUGCAAUCUGUUUUUAUAUAUACCCUCAAUGGCAAAAAAUGCUUAAUUAAAUGUUUUUGUUUGUUUUUUAAUCUCUUAUAGAUAGGUGUUAUUUAGCAUAUGAACAUAUUCCUAUUUUAUGGAAACUCUUUAAUCUUGAUUUACAUUCAUUUGCGCUACCACAGUUUCCCUCUUUUCCUCACUAGGACAAGCCAAUACAAUUCUUCUCAACCGGGUAGCAUUAAUGGCCGUACCGUGCAUGCACAUCAAUUUUUUUAUAGUGAGACGUCACUGCCUUUGGUGUCAUCGUGGCACUGAAAGCUGACUGUUACCAAUUAAAGUCUUAAAGGACCACUAUAGUGCCAGGAAAACAUACUCAUUUUCCUGGCACUAUAGUGCCCUGAGGGUACCCCCACCCACAGGGUCCCCCUCACGCCCGGCUCUGGAAAGGGCAAAGGGGUUAAAACUAACCUUUUUCCAGCGCUGGGCGGGGAGCUCUCCUCCUCCGAUCCUCCUCUUCUCCUCCCCGUCGGCUGAAUGCGCACGCGCGGCAAGAGCUGCGCGCGCAUUCAGCCGGUCACAUAGGAAAGCAUUCAUAAUGCUUUCCUAUGGACGCUUGCGUGCUCUCACUGUGAAAAUCACAGUGAGAAGCACGCAAACGCUUCUAGCGGCUGUCAAUGAGACAGCUUCUAGAGGAAAUAGGGGAAGGCUUAACCCAUUCAUAAACAUAGCAGUUUCUCUGAAACUGCUAUGUUUAUGAAAAAAUGGGUUAACCCUAGCUGGACCUGGCACCCAGACCACUUCAUUAAGCUGAAGUGGUCUGGGUGCCUAGAGUGGUCCUUUAACUAGGGCGUACCUCUAGUGGCUGUAAUUUUGAAACUCUAGCGAGCCAGUCUGUUUGACAAAUGUAAAUAUUGCAGUUUCUCGUAAACGGCAAUGCUUACGUUUGUCAGAGUUUUGGGACUGUAUCUAGGCACCAAGACUAUUAAAUUAAACUAGUGGCUUUGUAGCUUAGUGUCCAUUUUAACAUGCACUGAGAAAGAAAUGAACAUUGUGUUCCAUGUUUACCAUAUAAGAACUUUUACAAGCUUUGCAAAGUAUAUAAGGGCCAACUUCUGAAAAGAGCAUUCUAUAGACGUACAAAUGCAGAUCAAAAUAGUACACAUUUGACUGAACCCCUUUCGUAUAACUGUUCCAUCAAGUUGCACAGAAGCUUAGAGUAGAGGAAGUUGGUAGAAUGAAAGAAGCUUUAUAUUUCAUGUGUACUAAUGUUGAAAUCAUACUCCAGGUGCACAUCGCCACCUCCCCCACCCUUUAAAAAAUAAAAUAAAAUUCUGAAAUCAUAUCCUUCGCCCAGAGGUUGUUUGCCUUUCUAGGAGAAUUUCAGUUUUUCCUGCCAAAUAUGGCUGGAUUUUGUAGUGAUUGAGGGCUGGGCUAUGGCAAUCUGACAUCUAAACACCAUAGACGUGACUAUUGCAAUUGAAAGAGACAUGCAAAUAGUGCCUGUUUGGACAAAGAAUACAUAUUGUAUUGUUUGAGAUUGGAAUUUCUUUAGUAACUACAUUUUUCAUUUAGUUGGCAUACAGGCUUCCACACCCUUGAGCUAAAUUUUCUUCCAGGAAUCACUAUAUACAACUGUGUAAAACUUCUGGCUCUCCCUCACUCUUCAACCCAUGAGAUAAUUGUCAUUGAUUUUAGGGCCAAGAAAUAAGUUGCCGGUUACACUGCCUUUCCAAUCCCAAUUUUUUUUUUUUCUUUUUCUUUCUAAAUUAGGUCUGAUCUAUUUUUUUUCUCAUGUGGCAUACAUAUUCUAAACUUUAGAAAAAACUUACAAUACUGGAGCGUUUAAUAUACACAGUUCUACAGGGGUAAAGUAGAGUUAUUUAACAAUUGUGUAUUACACAGUAUCUCUUUAAUUGCCUGCUACCACACUUCAAAGUGAUCCAUUCACCACAUACAAGAAAUAUAAAUUAUAGUGUUAAGAAGUGGAGCAAUGUUAGAGCUAAAGGACAAAACCCCUUUCCCACAUGCAAUCAAGUGAUAAAAAAAUAAAUAAAUUAUACUUAUAUUGCUUGUUGCUUAAUAUCCCAAUUCAAGCUCAGCAUAUAUGGUAAAAAAUAUAUGAAAAGGAUCAUAGUACAGAUCUGCAUGAAUCAGUGAAUAUUAUUGAAUUCUAUAAACACUGAAUUAAAUCCGCUUAAUUAGCUGGAUGAAAGUUUAUUACAGUAUUGCCACAAAUUAAAAACAGAAGAUAAUAAUCAAUACAUAACAGGCUAUAAAAAGUAAUAAAAGAAUGAUAAAAACAUAAAAUACACCUAAAUUCACAUGUUUAGUUGUUUAGUUGACAUAUAUUUAGCAGAUUACUGCUUAAUUGAUGCAACAGUGAAGCCAAACACUAUCAAAAUGUAUAGCAGGUUACUGCUUACUAGAUGUGGUGGCGAGUAUAACAGUGUAAAUCCGUUUACCCACAAACAGGUUUUCCCGCACUGGGAGAUGUCUCCUGUACCAGAAGAUAGCUGAUCGUCUGUGGGGUGCCUUUUUGUUUUGUCCGGAUGGCGUCUGGUCUUGCUUCUGCUUUUUUGAAAUGCCCGGCUCCUGAACAGGCUCCGACCCCUUCUUGACGUACUGCCGUGUCUACGCGUUUCUCCGUUCACAGGCGGCUUCGUCAGGACUUGAAGUGCUUCAUGUCCUGACAAAGCCGUCUGGGAACGGAGAAACGCAUAGAAAUAUAAGACUUGCAUUUUUAUUUUUUUUCACAUUGAAAUUUGCCAGAUUGGUUAUGUUGCAUUUGAGACCAUAUGGCAGCCCAGGAAUGAGAAUUACCCCCAUGAUGGCAUACAAUUUGAAAAAGUAGACAACCCAAGGUAUUGCAAAUGGGGUAUGUCCAGUCAUUUUUGGUAGCCACUUAGUCACAAACACUGGCCAAAUAUUUGUGGGUUUUUUUUUGUUUUGUUUGUUUUUCACACAAAACAAACGCUAACUUUGGACAAAUUUGCUUUGAACCUUGGAGCUAACUAAAACUGUUAGGAGAUAGACAUUUUAAAUUACAAAAAUAACAGAUCCUAAAGGGACAGUAUAGUUGCCAGAACCACUACAGUUUAAUGUAUUGGUUCUGGUGUCUAUAGCCUGUCCAUGCAGGCUUCUCAACCUUUUCAGCGGAAAGGCAGUAAUUGCACUGCUGCCUAAUAACCUCUGUAGUGGCACUCACUCAGACGGUCACUAGAGGUGCUUUCUAGUCCAAUGCUGCACACAGACCCUACGUACAGCGUCUACACACUCUGCAUGGAGACUCUGAACGUUUCCCAUAGAGGUGCAUUUUUAUUAGAUACUUGUGCAGCGUAGUGUCUUGUGCGCAUGCGCAAUUGCCUCACAAUGCUUUCCCAUGGGAAAACAUUGGCUUGACUGAGAUCUUCAAGAUUGAACAUUCACUCUGACAUGCUCGCCGACCGCCGCACGCACAGCCUUGCUCGCUCGUCGCUCUCACCCACCGACCGAGGGCGCAGGCUCGUUCGUCGGUCGCUCACUCACCGACCGACGAGAGAGAGCGCAGGCUCGCUCACUCACCGGCGAGUGCGUGCUUAGGCUUGCACUCGCUGAGGCGCGCACAGGCUCACUCGCUCACUCACAGGCUCGAGUCGAGCUCUGAGUUAAACCAUUUUUGAGGAGUUUGACCCCUACUUUACAGUGCUACUACUUUCUUGUUUCUUCUUCUAAUCACAUUAAUAUAGAAGUUCCUACAGCCACAUGUGUGAUCUCAGUUCUGCUUGUCUUUGGGCAAAUAUUAUUGGCUGACAGAAUUCAUUUGGCAAGUUUUUAGCACACUUUGCAUAAUGAUUUACAUGGGUGACAGACUGGAACUCAGAAGACACAGUAUACUCAAGUUUUAGUUUGUUCUAAUUAAAUACUUUAAUUUCUUGUAGGUACUGGGGAAAGUGGGAAAAGCACAUUUAUAAAGCAGAUGAGGAUUAUCCAUGGCUCUGGAUAUUCGGAAGAAGAUAAGAGGGGCUUCACCAAACUUGUAUAUCAGAAUAUCUUCACUGCCAUGCAGUCUAUGAUAAGGGCCAUGGAAACUCUGAAAAUUCUCUACAAGUUUGAGCAAAACAAGGUAAAUGUUAUUUUGUGUAGUAGACUGGUUCAUACAAAUCAUUUAUUUGGGGUGGGGUUGUGAAACGUUUUUUUUAAAGAGUAUAUAUCUUUAUUGUGGUUUUGGAUAUUUUUGCUGUCCUUGUUUGUUGUAAUAUAGUGUACCAUUGGUAUUUUCAGUUUUGUAUGGAGAUGUAUUUUUAAAUAUGUGAUUGUCAAUAAUAUAGUAAAAAAAAAUCUGAAAUUGGUUAUACAUGAUGUGGUAUUGUUAGAAUAUUUGAGGAAAAAGGGAACAGGGAUAUGGGACCAUAGUUGAAAGGGAAGAUGGGUCUAGAGAUGGCUUUUAUUUUUAGAAUGGGUAUGACAGUAGUCUAACACCAGACAAUUCCGGAAGACAAAAGAGAGCAGUUGAAGAUUUGCAUUGUAAAGGUGGUACAAGACAAAGGGAGAGAGAUCUUUAUAAGGCGAGAAGGGUUAGUGUCAAGUGGACAAGUUUUGGGAUGAGAGAAGUGGAUUCACCUCCUGUUCAGUAGCUGGGGAGAAGGCCUGAAGGGUAGAAGAGGUACAAUCCAGGUGCGGUUGAGAGAGAGAGAGAGCAGGGGCGAAUUCUUUCCUUAAAGGGACACUAUAUGGUCAGGAACACAAACAUGUUUUCCUGACUCAAUAGUGUUAAAACCACCAUCCAUUUUGUGGCCUGCCCUUGCACUCCCUAAAUAUAGUGUAAUCUUGCCUUUACUCCAGUCUGCUGCUGCUGGCUUUGCUCCUGGUCCUUGCAAGUCCUUGCAAGUAUGUAAAAUUUAAAAGAAAGAAAUUGAUGAUGUAGUAUGUCAAAUACAGUGAUAAAAAGAUGGAAAGAGGUAGUCCACUCACACUUUAUAGGAUCCUGGGUGUAGCUCCAAUCUUUUGCACUUGGGAGGAAUAAUUCCCGCCUAGAUAUGAUGUGGUCUUCCUCUUUACAACAAUAUCUUCAUAGAUAUGUAGAAGGAGAAUAGAGACAAUAUGGUGUAGCAUGUCAAACCAAAAAGAAAAGAUCAAAGAUGUGCACUCACAUGAUAUGGAGCCAGAACGUUGGCUCCCCAGAUAUGGCUUGGAGUGGUAUGAUGCCUACUCUAGGAUAUGAUAGGUGCUUGUGCCUCUCAGUGUGUAGAUAUAUUAGGAAAAAAAGAAAAGAAACACCAUAGUGUGUAAUUGUAGAACUAAAAUAUGAGCUGUAUAAUAAAACCGUACUCGCAUUCUGUGGAGCAAGUAACGAUUGCUCCACAGUUUUUUUGUUUGUUUUUUGUUUUUUUUGUUUUUUUUCACCAAGGAUCUAACUGUCCAUAAAAUCCAGCAGCGAUCAGUAUGGUCCCAUAAAGUACUUUUUAUUGAUUAAAAAAAAACAGUAAGAGUGAAAUAUACUUGCAUACAAUAGUAUAAAAUGCACUUAACGCGUUUCACCAAAUGGCUGGCUUUAUCAAAAGUGGCGAAAUGCGUUAAGUGCAUUUUUGUUCUACUCCUGAUCUGCCUGCUUGGCUGACCUCAUAAGAAGUGUUGAUCAAAAGCCAAUCACAAUGCUUUCCUAUAAGAUUGGUUGAGACAGUCAAGAAGGCAGGUUAAAGGCAGAGCCAGCACAAGUUAGGUUAGAGGCACAGCCGCCCUGGCUGCAUCUCUAUGAGGAAAUAUUAAGUGUCCAUGCAAAUCUUGUUGGUAAAGUAGCAUGCAAAGCUAUUGGCUAAAAGAUUAUUUUGGGGGUUGGCAUCAAUGUGGCAAAGGAGAGAGUUGACGGUAUCGAAGAGAUGCCUGGGAUGGCGAGAGUAUCAACUAAUGAGAGAGGAAAAACAUGAUUGUUUAGCAAGGGUGAGGGCUGCGCUAUAUGAACGCAAGAUAAAUUUAGAGUGGAGAAAGUCUGGCACGGUUCGGGACUUCCUCUAGCAGUGUUCAGCUGAACGGCAGUAUCUGCAGGACGGGGGUCGACUUAGUGUGCCAUGAGUGGAGGUGCGUCUUUUGUGAUGUGCAUAUUUGGAGUGGGACUACAGUGUUCAGGACAGAGGUGAGUGUAGCAUUAAACGAGGAGAUAGCCAGAGAGGGACAUGGGAAGGUAGGGAUGGAUGAGAGUUCAGAAUGGACAUUGGCUGAUAGCCUGAGGUCAACAGGGAGAGCAAUAAAUAAUGUCUAUGUUUGCAGAUAUGGGUUUAAACCGUGAAUUUCAAAGAUGGAAAAGGGGGGAGGGUUAAAUUAGAGCAGCUGGGUGAAAGCUGAAAUCGUACACCACCACUAUUACUGAAGAACUGUCUUGGGUUGUGGGUAAUAUGAAGACCAUGAAAGGAUAGUGAGGCAGGGGUAGCAAUAUCUGGGAGAGAGCCAUGUUUCAAUUUGUGCAUGUAAGUUUAGGGAAUGUGAGAUGAAUAAGUCUUGGAUAGAAGUUGACUUAAUGAUGCUGCACCAAGAGCGUGCAUUCCAGUGUGGAAGGAGGGCUUAAAGGAAGAGUUACAUGGCAUAGAUUACAGAUUGUUGUGGUUUCUGCUGUUAGCACAAGGUAGCUUAGUUGAGGAGGGACCAGGUUUGGAAAGAGAUCACCAGCUGCCAGAAGCAGAAGGAUGGAUAGAAAGAGAUUGUAAGAAUAAGAUUUAUACGUUCGUCAUGAAAGCAUGUAUUCUGGAGGCAUUUGUGGAGAAAGGCUGGAUAAGUAUGAGUAAAGUGCAUGGGAUGGACAGAGAGAAGAGUGAUGUAAAGAGGGAGAAAUUAAAUGGAUAAGCAGAGGGAUAGAGCGAUUUUAGUUAGGGAUCGACCGAUAUUGGGUUUUUUUUUUUGAGCCGUUACCGAUAAUCUGUGAACUUUCAGGCUGAUAGCAGAUAACUUACAGAUAUUCUGUACACUUACCAUUUUGUAAAAAAUAAACAAAUUCUAUACAAAUCUACUGUUAAAGGACCACUAUAGUGCCCUGAGGGUGCCCACACCCUCAGGGUCCCACUCCCGCCGGGAUGGAUGGCAAGGAAAGGGGUUAAACUUGCCUUUUUUACAGCGCCGGGCGGGGAGCUCUCCUCCUCCUCUCCGCCUCCGAUCCUCCUCUUCGGCUGAAUGCGCAUGCGCGGCAUGAGCUGUGCACGCAUUCAGCCAGUCUCAUAGGAAAGCAUUCUUCUCACUGGGAGGUGAGCCAAUACCACUGGACCACCAGGGACUGCUAUAUCCCCCCUCCCUGGCCAGGUAUGAAACAGGGAGGAGGGACAACAAAAAUAAAUAAUUAAAUAUAAAUAUAUAUAUAUAUAUAAUGUAAUAAAAAAUGCCCCCCCCUCACACACACACUCCAUUAUAUACACAUACACUACACAAACACACUGUGUAUAUAAUGCAGUGUGUUUGUAUAGUGUGUGUAUAUAAUGCAGUGUUUGUGUAGUGUGUUUAUAUAAUGCAGUGUUUGUGUAGUGUUUAUAUAAUGCACAUUACACAAACACACUGCAUUAUAUAUACACACUAUACAAGCACACUGCAUUAUAUACACACACUAUACAAGCACACUGCAUUAUAUACACACACUAUACAAGCACACUGCAUUAUAUACACACACUAUACAAGCACACUGCAUUAUAUACACACACUAUACAAGCACACUGCAUUAUAUACACACACUAUACAAGCACACUGCGUUUAUAUACACACACUAUACAAGCACACUGCGUUUUAUAUACACACACUAUACAAGCACACUGCGUUUUAUAUACACACACUAUACAAGCACACUGCAUUAUAUACACACACACUACACAAACACACUGUGUAUAUAGUGUAGUGUGUGUGCAGUGUGCGUAUAUAAUGCAGUGUGUGUAGUGUAUGUAUAAUGCAGUGUGUGUGUGUGUGUGUAGUGUGGGUAUAUAAUGCAGUGUGUUUAGUGUGUGUAUAUAAUUAAUGCAGUGUGUGUUUGCAUAGUGUGUUUAUAUAAUGCACACAAACACACUGCAUUAUAUACACACACUAUACAAACACACACACUCUGCAUUAUAUAAACACACUACAUUCAUUAUAUACACUACACAAACACACACACUUUGCAUUUAGUAUAUACUGCAUUCACUUUACGCACACUACCCACACACUACACAAACACUCUGCUUUCAUUAUAUACACACUACACUAAUACAUACUGCAUCCACUGCACACACUACACUAAGACACACUGCAUUCACACAUACACUACACACACUGCAUCCACACACUGCAUCCACUACACACACUACACAAACACACACUGCAUCCACUACACAAACACAUACAGCUCCCCUGUCUAAACACACUGCAUCCACUACACGUGGCAUGUAUAUUUUGUGCAUUUACUUUUAGAAAUAGUUUUUAUUUUCCAAAAUGGUAAAUGUACAGAAUAUCGGCAAAUUAUAUCGGCUAUCGGCCUGAAAGUUCACAGAAUAUCGGUAUCUGCUCUAAAAAAUCAAUAUCGGUCGAUCCCUAGUUUAAGCCACAGUGCUUGAAUCCUGGGAGUAAACUUCAUAAAUGCUGUAUAGUGCCCAGACUGUAAGACUCUGGGGUUGGAUAAAACAGCAGUUCUGGGCGGGAGAGAUGUUGAUCAUAUUGGGUAUAUAGGCUAUGGGGUUAUUGGAAAAUUGCUUAGAUAAGUUCAUCAUAUGUUUAGUUAAAAAUACCCCCUCACAUUUUUAUUUUAUUUUUUCAUAUUUUUUUUGUCAUUCAGUUUGACUAAAGAUACCAGGUUGUCAGCAGCCGACUGAAAGUUAUCACAGAGAGAAACUGCACUAUAUACAAUAAAAAAAAAAAAAAAGAUUCUAUAGUGCCAGAAAAACAACUCUUAAAAUCUUGUAAGACUGGGGGAAGGCAAAAUAACUUUGUUGUGGGAAUGCAGGGUAACAAUGUUGUGGUGUUGGAGGGAUGUGGAGUUUCAGGAUUGAGAGUUGGUUACAAUGAUUGCGAAAAUCAGAGGGAACAGAUGUCUUGAAACAGAAUUUGUCACCACAACAUUCACUCAAUCUAACAUGCUGCAGUAAAAACAUAGGAUGAUUAGGAAUGACAUCGCCAACCUGUGCUCGAGCUACAGCAGACUGACUAGUCAUAUGCUGGCUUGAUGUGGUAUCAACUGAAGGAAUGGCUCGAUUGCAGUUAAUGAUAGGGUGUGAGAGAGGUUUGGACCAACUUUAACAAACUUUUUUUAUAUAUACUUUACAAGUAUUCCUUUUCUGUUAAGUUAUUAUUGAAUAUAUAUUGUAGUGUUUAGAGUGUAUUAGUUCAAUAUGGCACUUUAAUCCCCAUUCCCUUUCAAUUUUCUUCUUUAACGGGAAAAUAGAAAGAUUACAGGAAUUAUACAUAUAUAUGCUGAAAAUACAUCCUGGAACACUCAGAGUAAAAGAGGAUAUGUAAUCCAAAGGAGCAUUUGUUUGCAAGAUUGCAGUCAUUGCAUGAAAAUGGUAGGGCUGCCAGAAAAAGUAGCUUGGUGGCUAAAAAACCUUCAGUGAGAAAGUCUUGACAUUAUUUACGACUGCUGGGCGAGCGUUUUUUUUAUUUUUUAUUUACACCUCCAUUAUUUAUUGCUUGUAAGCCAUUGCUUAUAAUUGGAAAAAGAUGUGCCUAAAAUAUAUUGAUGUUAUUGGAAGAAUUUUUAUUGCAAAUAUUAUUGAAGACAAUGGUGAUUUUUAAACCCCUUUGUCCAGAUCUAAAAGUGGUCCUCAAUGUUCUUUUCACAUGGUCACCCUGGUGCAAGUCUACAUCAGUACUUUUUACAGUGGUGGGCCCUGCUGGUGCAAGUCUACAGACACAUCCUUUCAAAGGGGUCCCAGGCAAAUGGCAAAUAAGUUAUUUACUGUAUUUACAUUGCUUUCCUCAGUGCACUGGAAAUCCCUUUGAAAUUAAGACCAGUCUAAAUAUUAAUGCUGAUUAUAAACCUGAAGGAUGGGCCACUGAGUUAUUUUCCAAUAGAAGUAUGGUGACUAAGCUAAUGUAGCAUACAUAAUCUGAAUUAAAACCAAACUGAACACCACUCCUCAGCACUUAUAAACUCCUUUUAGCAACAUUUGGACCCAGUAAUAGGGUCUUUUAUCAAGAUUCUAUAAUUUGGUUGAAACGUUUCUGCUGUUGGUACGCAUAAACCCCCGCAGGACGGUUCAGGACCGUCCUCUGCAUUUUUGCGUUGCCGACUGAGGACGGUCCUGAACCGUCCUAACGGAAAACGGGCCGAUCACUCCCGCCGAAAUCCCGUUGUUACUAUCUGCCCGGCAUCCCAGUGAUGGCUCACAAUUGGUUGGUGUCAAAGUGGGUGUUACAAACACUCACUUUGACACUGAUCUCUGCCUCUCUCCCCUCUGUAGCGUUUUGUGAGAGGAGAGAGACAGAGAUCGUGAUAGUUUGUUGCAGCAGCUGUUCCAGAGAGAAUUAAAAAGUAUCACCAGUGAAUUUUGCCCUUAAGGGUUAACUUUAUUUAAAAAAAAUCUGCGUCUUAGACUGUCAGUUUCCUUCCCCCAAAUCUCCAUUAGAUUCUUCUAACAGGAGUUAGUUUAGGGAUUACUGUUUUAGUCUGUUUUAGUGUUAAAAAAUAAAAUAAAAAAAUUAUUGUUUAGUAUUUUGUUAGUUUAGUCUGUUAGUGUGAAACAUGCAGCGCAUGUACAGCUUGGAGGAGGCAUAUGCCUUCUUGGUGUCAGACUCUGACGCCACUGACACUGCGUCCGAUUUUGACCCAUGUCAGUUUAGCGGCACGUCUAGUGACAUGUUAUCUGUGUGUGAGCCAGCUGCUAAAAGAAGCUGUGCUUCCCCUGCUACGCUGAAUGUGGAGGAGGACUGGGUACCUCCACAGUUAGCUGAGCCCAACAUCCCCCCUUUUAGUGCCAACGCAGGCAUUAAUGUGAAUGUGGUUGACUUCUCCCCUAUACAAUAUAUGGAGUUAUUUUUAGGGGAUACCAUCUGGGAGGAAAUUGCUUCCCAGACUAAUUUAUACGCUAGCCAAUUUAUUGAGACCAAUCCAGGUAGCUAUACAGUCAAGGAGCAUGCUUGGCAUCCCACAGAUGUCCCUGAACUUAAAACAUUCUUACAAUUCUCAUGUGGGGUUUUUAAAGAAGCCAUCAAUUCGCUCUUACUGGAGCACCAACCCAAUCUGUUCUAGUCCAGUGUACUCUCAAGCCAUGUCUAGAACAAGAUUUGAGCUGCUGCUGAGAUACUUACAUUUCAAUGACAAUACCCUCUGUCACCCCAGAGAUCACACCCAUGAUGAAUCGUUAAUGAAAUAUAAAGGGAGAUUAGGAUUCAAACAAUACAUCCUCUCAAAGCACUUUAGGUAUGGCAUAAAAUUCUACAAACUGUGCGAGAGCGAAAGUGGCUAUACAUUUGCCUUUCGUAUAUAUGAGGGGAAAGAUGGUCAACUGGACCCUCCUGGCUGUACUGACUCUCUGAGGACAAGUGGGAAACUUGUUUUUGACUUACUGAUCCCCUUGUCUGUUUGUUUCUCUUUAGGGUUUCUAGAUACUGGCCUGUGGCAGUGUGAGAAGAUAUGCCAAGGAUUUCCCCAGACCUUUUAUAGAGGCCAAAUUAAAAAAAAAAAGUGAAUGUAAAGGUCUGCACAAAGCUAAAGUGCUUGCAAUAAAAUUUAAGUCUGGAAGGAUGUUAAUAUACUAACCACCAUCCAUGACGAAAGCAUGUCAGACGUCACUGUCCGAGGCAGAGUACAGACCAAACCUGUUUGCAUCAGGGCUUAUAAAAUGCACAUGGGGUGUUGAUUUGGCUGAUCAGCUGAUGCAGCCAUAUCUUAUCUUAAGAAAGACAAAAGCCUGGUAUAAAAAGGUGGCUAUCUACCUGAUGCAAGUAGCAACACAUAAUUCAUUUUUACUCUUUAAAAAAAAUGAAUCCAGAACAAAACCACCUUUCUCCAAUUUUAGUUCACGCUGAUUUCCACCAUAAUUUAUGGAGAUGGUCAAGUUCCAACAACGGUGCCAAAGGAGUCCAGACAUUUUAUUUUUAAGAUACCGCCAACUGCAAAAAAAACAAACCCCCUGAAAUGUUGCUGGGUCUGUUAUAAAAAAGGGAAAAGGACACCCACCCCUUUGCACUGUUUUUUCUUUUUCUUUUGAAAGCAGCACAUUUUAGUCAGUUUCCUUCCCCCCAAAUCUCCAAUUAGAUUCUUUUUUGCAGGAGUUAGUUUAGAGAAUGCUGCUAAAGUUGCAUUUGAUACCUGCACAUUUGGUUAAAAAAGUUUUAUGGUAGUAACAUAUAACUGGCUGGCCAAAACCAGAUGACGUGUGCAUAAAAAGCAGAAUUAAAAAAUUACCACCAUGCACGUUCUCUGAAAUUUGUUUAGCACAAUGGUUGGGGGAAGGAUGUGAAAACACCUCAUAUACAAUACCCUGGAAUGUCUACUUUAUAAAAAUAUAAACAUUCAUGAUGUUAACAUUAACGGGGGGAUGCAAAAAUAUGCCAAACUGAAGAUAGGCCAAGCAUACCUAUAUAUCAAGUUGAAAAACUGAUAUGUACAAGUCUCGAUUGUGGCCUUUUAGCCCACAAACAACCCAACAAACCUAUGCAUGGGUGAUGUCACUGUACUCAGGAGAUGUUGCUGAACACAUAUUGGGGUGUUGUUUGGCAGUGAUACAUAACAGGAUCUGUUAAUUCAUGCCUAAAGUAUAAUGUAUGUGUAAAAAAACUCGAAGAAAAUUACUACCCAAAAGUUUGCCAAAGGCUGGUGGUAGAAUUAUUGCAUGAAAAGUAUUAAACUACCACCAUUUAAAAUACCCUGAGUUGUCUACUUUUCAAAAAUAUAUGGUUUGAUGGGGGUAAAAUACAUUGGCCCAAAUAGGACAUGUGUGCAGGUUGACUACAUGUCAAAAUUCCAAGUUGAAAAAUGGAUAUGUGCACCUGCCAAAUGUGGCCUUUUAGCCCCCAAAAAAUCCGACAAGCCUAUGCAUGGGUGGUAUCACUGUACUCAGGAGAUGUUGCUGAACACACAUUGGCGUGUUGUUUGGCAGUGACACAUAACACGAUUUGUUAAUUCAUGCCUAAAGUACAAUGUGUGUGUGGAAAAAAAACGACUACCUAAAUGUUUGUCAAAGUCUGGUGGUAGAAUUAGUGCAUGGAAAGUGUUAAAAAAACACCAUUUGAAAUAACCUAGGGUGUCUACUUUCUAAAAAUAUAUGGUUUGGUGGGGGUAAAAUACAUUGGCCGGCCUUACAAAUGUCCCAAAUAGGACAUGUGCGCAGGUUGACUACAUGUCAAAAUUCCAAGUUGGAAAAUGGAUAUGCGCACCUGCAAAAUGUGGCCUUUUAGCUGCCAAACAACUCAAGAAUCCUAUGCAUGGGUGGUAUCACUGUACUUAGGAGAUAUUGCUGAACAUAUAUUAGUGUGUUUUUUAGCAGCAAGACAUAACAGGAUCUGUAAGUUUAUACCUGAAUUGCAAUGUAUGUGAAAAAAAAAAACUACCUAUGCAAAGUUUGGCAAAGACUUGUGGUAAAAUGGCUGCAUAGAAAGUGUCAAAAUAUCCUUAGAUGAAUACCCUGGAUUGUCUACUUUAAAAAAUAUAUAUACAUGUGGAGUGUUUUCCAGAGAUUUAUGACAGAUAAUAGUGUUACAAUGUCACUAUUGAUACAUUUAAAAAAAAAAAAAAAAAUUUUUUUUGAAACCGCCAUAUCCUACUUGUACCUAUAGCCCUAUAACUUGCAAAAAAAAGCACGUAAACACUGGGUAUUUUUAAACUCAGGACAAAAUUUUGAAUCUAUUUAGCAGUUUUUUUCAUUCACUUUUGCAGAUGAGUAAAAGAUUUUUCAAGUAAAAGUCAAAAAACAUGUAUUUUUUCAAUUUUUCAUAUUUUUUUAUUUUUUUUUAAAUUAAAAUACAUGAGAUUAUAUAAAUAAUGGUAUGUAAAGAAAGCCCCUUUUGUCCUGAAAAAAACAAUAUAUAAUUUGUAUGGGAACAGUAAAUGAGAGAGCGGAAAAUUACAGCUAAACACAAACACCAGAAAAGUGUAAAAAGAGGCCUGGUCGCAAAUGUACAACAUCGCAAAAACAGUCCAGUCCUUAAGGGGUUAAAGGAAAUGUAUUAGUACUUGGGUGCAGGGCCACCUUUUAAUAUUUAAUAUAUAUAUUAAGAUAUAUAUAUUUUUUGGACUGGAUUAGAGGCCCGGAGACACCCUCUUGAAAGCUGCAGUGAGUGCUAGUCUUUUUUUAUUUUAUCUACUAAACAUUUGAGUCCCUAGUGAAAAAGUUCAAGAACUGCUGGUCUAGACCAAAUACGUGGAAUCUAACUUUAUGAUUCCUGGUUAUAAAUGGCUAUGUUUAAAAUAACUUAACUAGCAACUAUAGCCAAUGAUCUCUAAUAUGAAAUGGCUAGUAGGGACCUUUUUUCUUUCUUUUCUUUAAAAGAAUUGUUUCAUAUUUGUUAGAAGUUAAAAAAAAAAAAAAAAAGUGACAAUGUUAAGUGUUUUACUUAUAAAAUGUAUCUUUGGUCAUCUUCACAACCCUGCCUGCUUGUUCAGGUGAUUGCAAUCCCACUACAGGUCAGCCAGUUUGCUGCAAGUUUGUAUGUGCAGAGAAUUUGUUUAAGGUGAAUGUGAUUUUUGGAUAUUUUUGUUUAAGCAUUCACAACUUCUGUAGAGUAUGCUUUUUAUAUAAAAUAUACCUAUUAUUGACAUCCCAUUAAUGUUUUUCUUCAGUCCAAUGCUCUGCUUGUUCGAGAAGUGGAUGUGGAAAAGGUAAACUCUUUUGAACAGCCGUAUGUGACCGCAAUCAAAAACCUGUGGAAUGACCCUGGGAUUCAGGAAUGCUAUGAUCGGCGGCGGGAAUACCAGCUGUCAGAUUCCGCCAAAUAGUGAGUAUGCCUGAAUUACUAGUCCGGUACUACAUCUUCCACAAUGCUCUUGCAGCCAUAAUGCUGGCAAAGCUUCAUGGGAGGUGUAGUCCAAAACAUCUGCAGUGCUGAAGGUUGCCUAUCCCUGGACUAGAGUUUUGGUUCAAAUUCACAUUUAAUAUUGCAAGUGGUAUUUUUCGUUUUUUUUUUUUUGUUUUUUUUUUUGUUUUUAUAAAAUCAGAUGUUAUCUGUACAGUCACCCAGGUUUAUUGCUAACGGGAAAACCCCUAUUUUUCCACAAAUAGCUUUUUAUAUAAUAUACCUUAAUAUAACAAUAAGGUAUCUUACAUCAGCUGAAAUGGAUUUCUGCUGCUUAUGUUGUAUCUUCUAAUUUUCCAAGCAUAGACAUUCGGUUUCCUGAGUUUCAAACACUGGUGGCUUUGCUAGAUAGGAUGUGUGGAGCAUUUUUAAAUUACUCCCUUCUUUUUUCAAGUGAAAAAGGAUUCUUCUAAUUAUGUUCCUUACAGGAUGUUUGUAUUAUUUCUCUUCUGUUCCAGUUAUCUGACAGACGUGGAUCGCAUUUCCAAACCUGGAUACCUGCCAACACAACAAGAUGUGCUACGGGUCAGAGUGCCAACCACUGGUAUCAUUGAGUACCCUUUUGACUUGGAGAAUAUCAUAUUCAGGUAGAUGCAAUGCAUGUUAACUUUGUAUAUGACACAUACUUGGGUUACUUUUUUCUAAUUAAAAAAGGACUAUAUAUUCAAAAUAGAAAAUAUUUGCAUGCAUUAUCUUGCAAUUUAACACUUCAUCUUACAGUAACAUAGAUUUUUACAGCAACCUUUUGUGUAGAAUUUAAUCCAGAACUUUGGCAAAUUAUUAAAUAUAUUGCAUCUACUGCAAUACUCUACUUAUUUGUGGAAUGAAGUUAAAGAAACACUCUAAUUACUAUAUCAACUACAGCCUUCUGUCGUGGUUGUAGUGCAGGGGUAGGCAACCUUCGGCACUCCAAAUGUUUUGGACCAUAUCUUCAUUGAUGCUUUGCCAACGUUAUGGCUGUAAAAGCAUUAUGUGGCAUCUGGAGUUCCAAAGGUUGCAUUCCCCUAUACUUUGUGCAAGGAAUGCCCUGGUGCUAUCCCAAGGUAGGUAAUGAAAGCUUUUAAUAGGGAUUGACAAUGUAACUGGAUCCUCUAAGCACCCAUGCCACAUCCUAUCUUCUCCAGUAGGGGAGGUCAGAUAUUUUUGUAGAAAUAUAGGUUAAAAAAGAAUAGGUUCUUUUCCAUGUCACAAGGAUAGGUGCAACCUGAAUUUAUUGAAAGUAUUCUAAGCUGUGUGGAACGUAGCAAAGACUCAUAUAUAAAUCAGACUGGAGAGGACAUCCAUCAGAAUAAAUCAAAUACCAAAAUAAUAUUAAUUACUGUGAGACUGGCCUUAUCACACUACUUCUGGUGGUUAGGUUUAGAAGUAGCCUUAUAAGGCUUGUCUCACAGUAAUUAAUAUCAUUUUGGUAUUUGAUUUAUUCUUAUGGAUGUCCUCUCCAGUCCAAUUUUAUAUACGAGUCUUUGCUACAUUCCACACAGUUUACGAUACUUUUCAGUAAUUCCUGGUUGCACCUUUCCUUGUGACAAGGAGAAGUGCCUAUUUUUUAUAAUUGGAGUGAGGCCCUGAAACACCCCUGUAGUGUCUAACUGGUGUACAAGUUUCGGGUAAUUUUUGUUUUCCCCGUUCCCUGCAUUAGUGUGGUGGUUUUUUUUUUGUGGGGAUAUCAUUGUUGGAUAGCGCUCAGUUGACGAUAUCCGCUAUUGAGCGCAGUCCAACAUGCUCCUGCUUUGCUCUGUAGCUUGCUCCCAGCUGGAACCAGGUAAGUUGUUAAACUGUGCUAAAAUGGUUUAACUUUUGCCAUAGGACAGCACAAGUGUUAUUCUGCCGCUGUAAUCAUCAGGGCAGACUGCGGUGUUUGGUGUGUUCCUUUAAGUUGCUGUAGCAUGACCUGUCCUUCAUGAAAUAUUGUUGACUACAACUUUUUACCCCUUUUCUUCACAUUGGGUUCCUGAAUUAUUAUUCAGAUGCAUGUAGCUCAUAAAUUCCAGCCAAAACAUUAUCUAUGUCUGACUGCAGAUGUGUUGUAUUCACUAUUGUACUGUCCUUUCUGUAGAAACUCGAACCCACAGUGUUUCUUUAUCUUCUUUUCUAGGAACUCUGAAUUUGUAAUGUGCAUGAACUAAACCCUAUGUAUGUACAGAUAUGCCAAUAAAUAUAGCACAUUGUUAGUCUUUGUAUAUUUUCAAUUUCAUUUAAAAUGGGGUUAAAAUAAUCAUUGUAGUGGUAUUUUGGUUAGUAACUAGAUUGUUAUUGUAGGCUUGUGUUUUGUUUGUUUUUAUUUAUUUAGUUUUAAUAAUUGUUUAAUUUGUGAUUGCAUUCUCACAGAUUUGUAUCUUGUUACACUGACCAUUCUGUUGUAUUAUAGGAUGGUGGAUGUUGGCGGUCAGAGAUCAGAACGACGGAAGUGGAUUCAUUGCUUUGAGAAUGUUACUUCCAUAAUGUUCCUUGUAGCUCUAAGUGAAUAUGACCAGGUCCUUGUGGAAUCGGAUAAUGAGGUACCCUUCAUGAGUUGUGGAGUAAUUCAUAUGGAUUUUUUUUUGGUAUGCACCUUAAAAUUAAGUUAUAAAAGAUUUAACAGCUCCAACAAAUAUUUAAAUUUAUCAUAGAUACAUUGUAUUUCAAUUGCUUUGUGAAUUAACAUCUUGCCUCCUUUUCAGUAUUUUAACACUAACCGAGAUCUUUGAAUGUUUUCAGAUUCAACUUUAUAGUCCCUGUACCAUGUACAUAUUAGGGCCUCUGAACAGAAAUGCAGCAGUAAAAAAUUGUACUUCCAGGUUUUGCUACUAUAAUACCCACCAUGGUACUGCCACUUGGUAACAUGAUUGACCCUAAUCGGGGACACAUUUUAAAAUUUGAAUGUAGAAAUCCACAUCCCUUUGUCCUAUCACCUCCAUCUUAGUUCCUGGUCAGUGAUUAUCAGCUGUGUACUUUGCAUCUGGCAGAAAGCCUAGAGAAAUUAUACAGAGAUGAGAAAUGAAACGUGAAGUAAAACUUACCAUUACAAACGGGGGGUGGCGUGGAGCAUUAACAUGGUAAAAUAAAAACUGAAUAGAAAUACUUGUUUGUAUUCCUAAAACUAUAGUGUUCCUUUAACAUAAGUUUUAAGGGAUUUUCGAUGUUAUAUUCAAUGAUCUAAAUUCUUAAGAAUUCACAGUUCACUUUAGACAAUUAUACUCUGGAGGUAAAGUAUCACAAUGUAAAUUUUAAAAAAAACACCACCACCAGAGCAUACACAUGUGGAAGCAAAAAGCAUUUGGGAACUAGUUAUAAGUGAAAACAAAUAUUUUAAAGCCACUAAUGGGAGAGAGAGAAAAAUACCACAAUAUUAAUCGAAUGUAUCUAGAAUGACAAAGCAAAUGUGGGGAUGUUUAAAGUUAGGGAUAGGUCAAUUAUCGGUUCAGCUUGUAAUUUUCAGAUAUUACCGAUAACUUACUCACCUCUUCCAGUCACCACAUGCCAUCUAAUGCAUCUGGAAACCCCAGCCGCCAGGCAGUGGAAUGGCAUGUCGCAACCUCACAUCACAACUCCCUAUGGGUUCCUGCAUGCUGCAACCUCACAUCACAACUCCCUAUGGGUUCCUGCAUGCUAAGCUCAACUGAAAGCAGGGAAGUGAGGCAGUGGAUGAUUUAACAUACUUGGCCAGCUGGCUGAAAGUAAUAGGAGUGCAAUUGAUGUCAGCAAUCACACCCCUAUCAGUAACAGCAUUGUAUAUGAUGUGAUCUCACUGAUUCCACCAUGUUACAGCUGCCUGAGAAUGAUAGGAGUGUGAUUGCUGUCAGCUAUGUAGAAAUUGUCUAUUUAAAAAAAAAAAAAAAAAUCGGCAUCAGUUAUCGUCAAACUUUCGAAAGACAACUGAUGGUUAUUAAUAACACAUUUGAUAUCAAAACAAAACCCUCCGUUGAAUAAGAAAAUAACUGAAAAGUUCCAAAGACUUAUACUGUCCACUGGGAUCUUUGUUUCUGAUUAUACACAGUGUUAAAACACCAUAGUGUUCUCCAUAUGCCAAUUUAUUAAAGCAAAAUAGAUUCAAAUAUGCAUUAGUUAGUGAGUAUUAUAGGCAUAUUGUGACUCUCACAAAUCUCUCCACUAUGUUAUCCUCCUCAGUGUCCUAUAUAUUCUCGUCCGUAGUCUUGUGUAGUAGUUGCAGGUGUUCCCCUAUGUUAGUAGCCAGAGGUGAUUACGCCCAAGAUGCAAGUCUAGUGCCUAUUGUCAGAGACUGUUGCUAGGAGGCUACAGCAAAAUGUGCAUUUUGACAAGGGUGUUAUAGGCACUGGACUUGCCUUCUGACUCUUGUAUAUCUGAGGGAGACAAUACAUUGCAGGGAACUCUAAAACUGAGCUACUUGUCUUUCCUCCUCCCAAUACUGAUCCUCCUCUUUCGCUCUCCCUUCAAGUUAGUGUUAUCCACUUAAGUCCAUCUUUGUAAGCGCGCUGUCUUGGCUUCAUACUUGACUAUGGCCUCACAUCCAGUAUGUUGCCAAAUACUGUAGAUUCCAUCUUAAGAACAUAGCCCGCAUCCGUCACUUUCUUACCCAAGAUGCUACCAAGGAGCUUGUCCAUGCUCUAGUAAUUUCCAUCAUGAAUUAUUGUAACCCUCUCCUGAUUGGUCUUCCUAAAAGCCGUAUUGCACCUCUACAGUCUGUAAUGAAUGCUGCUGCCAGACUGAUUUUCUCCUCUAGUCGGUCCUCUCACACCUCACCACUUGGUCAGUCCUUACAUUGGCUUCCUGUAUCCUAUAGGAGUCAAUUCAAAGUGCUAACACAUACCGAUAAAGCACUGAACAAUUCUAGCCCUUCUUAUGUCAUCACAGAUUCAUAGGUAUGCCCCUUCUCCUCUCUCCGCUCUGCCCGUGACCACCUCCUGUACACUGCUCACACCCGUAUGGCCAACUCGUGCUUGCAGGACUUCUCACGGGCGGCUCCCUUCCUAUGGAAUAGCCUGCCUACCGCCAUCAGACUCUCCCCUAGUCUUCAAUCAUUUAAGAAGUGCCUUAAAACUCAUCUCUUUAGGAAAGCUUAUGGCCUCCCAGACUAACUUCUACCUCGCAUACCUGUCUCUUGCUCUCUCCUAAAGAACUCUACUCUCUCCUCCAGCUCCAGUUUUAUACUCCACCUCCUAUAGACUGUAAUCUCGUUUGAGCAGGGUCCUCUUCAACCUAUCGUUCCUGUAAGUCUUCUUGUAAUUGUCCUAUUUAUACUUAAAUCCCCCCUCUCAUAAUAUUGUAAAGCGCUACGGAAUCUGUUGGCGCUAUAUAAAUGGCGAGAACAAAUAAAAAAAACUGACUUCCAAUAUGCCUGUCCUUUUUUUUAUCUCUUACAUAUAAGAGUUUAAUAGAUUUUAUUAGAAUACAUUUCUACAUGGAGAGCAUAAUGGGUUUUUUAUUUUAACUAACUACUCUGUCUGGAGGACCAUAUGGUGCUUUAAACUGCUAUAUUGAUUUUGUUUUUGUUUUUUAAAUCUGUUUAAUUUUUUUCCUUUGUCUUGUACUGUAUUCUUUGUUGUCAGUGUGAUUUUAAAGGCUAAUAGAUAUGUAUUUCUUUUUUUUUUUUUUGUAGAAUCGUAUGGAGGAGAGCAAGGCUCUGUUUAGAACUAUCAUCACGUAUCCCUGGUUCCAGAAUUCAUCUGUCAUUUUGUUCCUAAAUAAGAAAGACCUGCUGGAAGAUAAGAUCAUGUAUUCUCACCUUGUAGACUACUUUCCAGAGUUUGACGGUAAGAGCAGUAAUUGAAUGCCCGUAAAGAUAAUCCAAUGUACAAGCUUAAGGUGUACAAAUGUGAGCACACAAAAAGUGACUUAUCCUAAUUUGAAUAGUAUUAAUUGAUGUAUGCCUGUGAAGCAACCUGCUAUCUACUGUAUUAAGAAAGGGUUUCCCACAGUGUUUGUGAAAACCUGAAUUAACAUUCUUUAAAAAAAAAAAUACUUUACAAUUCCUUAGGUCCAGGUCUGUAGCACAAGAGCUAAAGAUGUGGAAAUAGAUGGCAGCAACACUAACUGGAAAAUGUUUGUACGAGGAGUGUUGAAAUUUAAAAAACAAACAAAAACUUCUACUUGUCCAGGGACUAAGGCGUUUGCCCAAUCUACUUGUUCUGAUACAAAAAAUAAUUUUUUAUUAAAACCAUAGUUAAAUAAGGUCUUUAUUGAUAGUAAGUGAGGAGACUGACCUAACAAUACUUCAAUGCAAUUAACAAAAUGCAAGUAGGUAGUGAACUUAAACAGAAUCAUUUCCAAAUGAGAAUUGUAGCUUACUUUAUCAAAAAUAGAACUAUAUUUAAGUGAGUCAAUCUCAUGAGGCCAUUUAUAUCCUUUGACAUGCUUGGUUACAGAAAAGGCAGUGCUUACACUGCUGAGCCUAUAGGGUCAACAUCUUUGCUCCAGAACCACUACAUUAAACUGUAAUGGCUCUGGUGCCUAGAGCGCCCCUUUAAAAACUGGUGGUAGAGUGUGGGAGGGAGGGGGGGUGACUGGUGACCGAAUUAGGGGUGUUUAGAAAUACCUUUUUAUUUUGUUUCCUGGUGGUCCAGUGUCCGUGUGCCUUCCCUCAAGUUUGCCGCUCCACUGGGUUGAAUCUGCAGACUGUGCAGUAUCUCACGAUAUCCAGGCGGUAAGAGCGUUGCCGUGGCAACUCCCGGCAACACUCAGAUUGGCUGUAGGUCGCGAGAUACUGCACAGUCUGCAGCUCACAGCUGGGGGAGCUGCAGACUGUGCUGGCUCUCUCUGUGGGCAGACCGGAGGGGCCUUGCACCCGGCAACCCAAAGGGCAAACUGCCGAGGACCCGACAAGUCACUCUGCUGCUAGCCCGCAGCAGGGCUAAAAGCAAAAAAAAACUACCUGCCCGGUGCCUGGAACUGCAUGUCCCGGGCGUUGUUUCAGGAGAUAUAAAUAAAGACCCUGCCAGGUAUUAAUGUAUAGCAGCCAUGUUUCAGGAGAUACAGGAAGGAAGUACACACCCCAACAGGAAACACAUGCAAUAGAGAAUAAACCAUAGAGUUAGUUGCAUGUAAACAAAACAUAACAUCCAUAACAUCGUCCUCUUUAAGUAUUAAUAAAUCAACAUUGUGAAACACUGUCCUUGUAAUAACAUUCUAGAGGUUAAGUCUCUCAGGUGGUUGUGAAUGUUUGCCACUACGAGUGAGGACUGGUCCAGGUUGUGCAAAUAGUCUUUUAGCCCUCUCUGAGGUUACUGGACUCUUCCCACCACUUACUGGCAUGCUUUGCACUUGACUGCUGUCAGGUCCUGCUUUCUCAGGGCUGUCAUUAGUACUAGUCUGUGGUAUCACUACUUCUUCACUGCCGACAUGUGAGUGUGUCCUUGGAAUACCAGGUGUGUCUGGCUUGUCAGCUGGAUAGUGAGAAUUGGGCUUCUCAGCCACUCGCAGAUCCACACGAUUGCGUCGGUAGAGACUUCCUUCGAUAUCCACAAGAUAAGAGCUUGGUGCAACUUUUUGCAGACAGGCUCCCAUUCUCCAGCGACCUGUUUGAUCUCCAGGAAGCGUUUUCAUACGGAUUUGUUCCCCAAUAUUCAGUUCAGGUAAAUCCCUAGUAGAGGAGUCAUAUCUAGCUUAAACACUUGCCUCUUAAGUCAUAACUUUUCUGGUACACCUUGUAUUACAGAGGGUUCAAGCAGCUUGUUGGCUACUGGUAAGGAGCUCUUUAAUCUCCUUGACAUCAGUCUCUGUGCCGGACUACUAUACAUACCCUCUGUUGGAGUGUUUCUCCAAAGAAAGAGGGCUUUCCAUGCGUCUUUAUCAUCACUUUUAGCUUUUUUGCAUAAAUUCUUCACAAUUUUCACAGCAGAUUCAGCUUUGCCAUUAGCUUGUGGAUGACGUGGUGAAGAAGUCACAUGCUCAAACUCCCAUUCAGCAGCAAAUUUCCUGAACUGUAAGCUUGCAAACUGAGGACCAUUGUCAGAAAUCACUUUAGUUGGUUGGCCAUGACGUGCAAAUUGCGCCUUACAUCGAUUAAUUGUAGUUUCAGUGGACAGGUCAGAAGUCUGAAUAAUGAUCGACUAAGAGCAGGUACUCUUUUCCAGCAUUGUUGAAUAAGUCCAUGCUUACAAUCUGCCAAGGACGUGUAGGUAUCUCAUGUGACAUCAUGGUUUCUUUUUGUUGCGAGUGUGCAUAUUCAUUGCAAGUGGGACAAUUGCUGACAAAGUCUUUGAUUUCACCUUGCAUGUUGGGCCAGUAAAGAGUAUCACGAGCUUGUCUGUAGGAAGCCUCACCUCCGAUGUGGCUUGAGUGUAUGCCCGAUAACAUCUCUGCUCUUAGUGACUUUGGCACUAUGAUCCUUGGACCUUUGUACAAGAUACCAUUUUGUGUGCCGAUCUCAUCUCUGAAGGACCAAUAUUCCUUCACAAUUGCAGGUGCUGUAUCCUUUUCAUCUGGCCACCCCACCCCAUCUGGCCACUUCAUUGCUUGCAAAGUUGCAUCACUUUCUGUGUGCUGUAUGAGCCGAUGUAGCCGCUGAUCUGUGACAGUCUGCUUGAUUGACUUUGGCAAAGAAAUUCUGUUCCUGCUGCAGCAAACAAACAAACUGCAAGAUGCUCAUGCUCACCUCCAGGUGCCACGUGUUCCGUUGUAGCUCUGCUUGGGGUGUCACUGAUGUACAUUUCAAAUCCUGGCUUGUACACAACAUUGAGAUUGUAAUUCUGCAAUGUAAGCAUCAUGCUCUGCAAACGCUUUGGAGCACAUAAAAAGCGGCUUCUUGAUUAUGGCUAUUAGCGGUUUGUGAUCAGUUAAAGCAAUGAUUGCAUCCUGGCCAUAGAGAUCUUGAUGGAAACGCUGACAGGCAAAAACAAUGCUUAAACAUUCCUUUUCAAUUUGAGCAUAAUUUUGCUUAGCUGAAGAGAGUGCUCUGGAUGCAAAUGCAACUGGCUGACAUUCUUGCAAUAGACAACAUCCUAGGCCAUUUUUGCUUGAGUCUCUUUGUAUUGUUACAGGCUUUUUCACAUCCUAAUAUUUUAGCACUGGGGCAGCUGUGAUCAAGUGUUUUAUUUCCUCCACUGCCUGGUCAUGCUUGGAAAGCCAAACUGCACAAACUGAAUUGUGAAUUGUAUCAGUCCCAGGCGCUCACAUGUUGAACCAAACAAUAGCAGUUUCUGAUUGGCUUCAACAAUCUCAAAUUCAAGUUUGUGUAUAUUUUCACGUAUGCUGCACUCUGUUUGGAAAAGUCCCAAUGAUUCCAUUAGUUCCCCUGAAUAUAGCUUCAGCUUGGUGCUGCUGGGCUGAAGUGCCCUAGGUGCCAGUUAUAUCUUUUCUUUCAAACUCAUGACAUCACAUGUUGCACCAGAAUCCAGCUGGCAGGAUUGGCAUAUAUUAUUCAGUCUGAGAUUUACAAACCAUUUUUUGACCUUAGGCUUUACAGCACCAAUGCAUUCCUUGGAGUAAAUCACAUCAUUGCUAAGCAGGAGUGCAUCCUGAGAAUCAGACGUGUUCAGUUGUGUUUAGCUUCCUUGCUUCCUUUCUUCUUGACAGACAUACUCCAGCAAAAUAAUUUAGCCUACCACAUGAUCUACAUGUUUUUCCAUAUGCAGGACACUGUUCUUUCUCUCUCACAUGUAUACUGCCACAUUACUUACAUGAUGUAGACUUGCUCACAGGUGAGGUGCUUUGGUGAUUAUUGUGUUGAUGCUUGUGCUGGUGGUUCUUCAAGCUUUGCUGUUGCUUGAAGGCUGCAUGGAUGCUGCCAGUCUGUUUAUCCUUCUCCAUAGCUCUCAUAUGUUUGUCAGUAACUUCUGCAGUGCAACAUAUUUCAAUUUCUGCAUGUAGGGUUAAAUCAUGUUCCCUCAAUAGACGGCGGCAGGUACUCUCAGUAUUAAUACCUAGGACUAUUUUGUCACAAAUAAGUUCAUCUCUCAAUGAGCCAUACUCACAGCUUGCAGCUUUUUCUCUCAGCCUUGUGACAAAGUUGUCUAUUGAUUCACCUUCUUCUUGCUUGCAGCUGCCAAAUAUAUAGCUUUCAUAUAUUACAUUUUUUGCAGGUCUGAAGAAAGCUUCCAAUGCAUCAAUGAUGGCUUUAGUGUCAUGCUUUUGCUCCUCUGUGAGGUUCAAAUUAUGCUUGUAAACAUGGUAGCACUCACUGCCAAUUACCCUCCUCAGUGUGGCUGCUUGCACUGCUGCAGGCUUCUCAUUCAGCCCUUUAGCUAGGGAGUAAUCCUCAAACUCUGCUCUGAAGUUAUCCAUGUUACUGCUGCAAUCAGGUAGUGGAAUGCUAUUGAUAACAAUAGGGAUACGGCUAGGUGCUAAAAAAUAAGAGAAAAACAGCACAUAGUGAUGUACAGCAUACAACGCUGACACGCAAAAUCAUAAGUAGCACUCACAGAGUUGAAAUCAAAUGGAUGCCAUGAAAUCCAUAAAUGGAUUAUACUGAUCCGCUUUCCACCAUUCAGGGUAAUGCAGCAGGUCCAGAAAUAUCAGGUAGCAGAAUCAGGAGGCAAAAAGUUUGUUGCCUUAAUAAAUUUAUACUUGACUCUACAAGCUAAUUUUUUAUUUGCCUCCUGAUUCUGCUACCUGAUAUUUCUAUAUAUAUUAACCUCCUUUAUUUUUGAAGUGCAGUGGUACAUACACAGGUUAAUAAUGACAUAUGGUAUAAACAUAACAACCAGUGAAGAUAAGCAUGCAAUUAAAACAUGCCUGUACCCCAACUGGUUACCUCUGUCAAUCGCUGCUUCCUAGUACUGGUGUAACCACCGCAAACCCCACGAACCGCCGCAGCUUGGUUUCGGUCUCGCCAUCCUCCACCCACCCUGGACCCAAGACUAGGAUCCAGCUUCCAGUGGGUAGGCUUCUCUUGCCGUGCCGAGAGCGUAGCAGGAACAGCUCUUAUAAGAGCUUAGUGAUUAGUGACUCAGGGGAGUAUAGUGAUUAUAGCAAUCCCCAGAGUGUAGUUCUCCAAUCCCCCAAACAUGAGCCAAGACUUCAUGAAGGUGCAAGAUGAUUUGAUCUUUAAUGGUUCAGGUUGGCUUUUAUACAAUUCUCCAGGCCAGAGGAAUACCCCUUGGACCUGAUGGGGCACAGGAACACAAAGGACACAAACAUACAGUCUGUGGCAUGCCCAUGUACAGCACACAAUCCCUCCCCUCUGCUUGGGAGAUAAUUGAGUAAAGUCCUGUAAGUAACUCCAUUAUCUCCAGGCAGAAAAAACUAAUUUUUACGAAGUUCAAAAAGUACCCCAAAACAUACCAUAUCAUCCACUGAUAGCCCUGAUCUGGGUGAACAACAUAUCCAAAAAUCUCCCAGAUCAGAGCAGGGGUUCAGGAAAUUCCUGGAAGUCUCUCUUUGACCAACAGUGCACAUGGUCCCAUGCCCAAAACUGUUCCAGAGAAUUAGGGCUACCGGUCGGUCUCUCUGUCUGGAGUACAAAAGUACAUACUUCACAGGAACAGAGUCUUUUAAAAUGCAUUGGGGAAAGUAUAUUGCAGGGCCCAUAGUUCUGAGGCAAGAGGCUGGCCAGCAGGCCCUUCAAGAACCCUUGACGAGGUUCAGUUUUUCACAGGGCCAUAAUCACAGGAUAGGAGGCUGGCAAACAGGCCCCUCCAAAAGCCAGUGACGAGGUUACUUUCGUCACAAUGACAUGUCAAGACAAGCAGAACAUUUUUUAAAGAUAUAUAGUCAGGCUAGUAACUAGUGUCCAAACAGUAAACAUUGUUGUUUUAGACAUGGCAAUAUGAACAGAACACCUGAGAUAGAUAUAUAGAGAGAUAUAGAUAGAGAUAGAUAUAUAGAGAUAUAUAGAUAUAUAUGUGUGUGUGUGUGUAUAUAUAUUAUAUUCCUUUCUUGGCCAUGGCAGCGCAACAAUGGAUUAGCUACUCCCAUCACCAUAUAGACACCUACCCUGCCCUCAGUCUAAAUUCCAAGGGAAGGGACUCUUGUGCUGCAUUAGCCUAUAACCAGGAAAAUCAUGGUAAGUAUGAAUAUAUAGUUUACAUAUCAAUGACAGCCCAACAAUAAGUAAUACCCAAGCAAAGCUCAAGGGAGGGAAAGAAAACACAAACACCAUAAAUAAUGUCCCAAAAACGUGUAUUAAAUAUUCAGAAGUGAACACAACAAACCGUAAACUAGUCAUUCAAAACAGAGGAAAAACUAUCAAACUGGGCAGCUCUAAUUUCCAAUUGGUAAUGUCUGACAAACAUGUCACUAGAGGACCAUGUAGCAGCCUUACAAAUCAUAUCUUGAGGAGGAAAGAGAUCUGGUUGACUGCUCUGCAUUGAGGAAUGGUGACCUGAGCAGCUUGGAAAGCUUUUAUAAUAGUUGAAAAAAUCCAUCUGAUUAAAGAGUCUUUAGAUGCUUGUAGUCAGUUUCUGGCUCUAGAAUUUUCAUCAGGCUGCGGCUCUUGGUGAUUUAUAUUCGCUACUACUGUGUUUUCCGCACAUACUUUUACACAUUACGAAUAUAGGAAACUGUGUGUAAUAUGUCUUUAGAGCAAGCAUGUCAAACUCAAAGGUUAGCACGGGCCAAAUAAACAUGGUUUAAGUUUAUGUGGGCCGCAAAAAAAACCAAAACUUAACUUUUUCAUAGAAACGUAGGUUUAUUUUUAAAAGUACACUAUAAAAAAACAAAACAGGGUUGAGGAGUGGGUGGAGAAUGAUGAGAUCAAGGUCAUGCGAGUGACGUGUGCAGUUUGGAGGAAGAGGCGCUGGUCGCACAAAGGCACCAGCACAGCAAAGGAGGGAGCAGGGUGCAAAAGCAGAGCGCCCGUCCCCUAGCACUCAUCGGUAUGUAUUAGCUUGAGAAUUACUAGUUAUCCAAGUAAUACAUGUAGCGAUCAAAGGAUCCAUAAUAGAGUUGAGCGAACCCGAACGGAAAAGUUCGGGUUUGUACCAGAUUUAAAGAUCCAUUCGUAGUUUCACAGUCAGGUGGACAGUCUGGUGACCAGGACCCAGACACUGUCUGGGCCGCGGUCGGACGACCGGGACCCAGUAUGCCUGAUGUUGAAGUUAGGAGUCACAGUGUGGAAUGGAUUAGCAGGGUCUUGUGCAGGGUAACCGCACGCCCCCUGGUGUUGAGCACCAGCAUUUAUGUGGCCACAUACCAGGAACCUGAUGCAGCUUCAGUAAAAAGAGUACUGGAUACCAGAAGCCAUCACCAGACUGAUCCGCAACUUGGAACAGGAUGUGACAUUCACUGUAGUGGCUGUGCGCGCUUUUGCCGUUCUCACGCUGCUGCUCGCCUGUCUGCGCUGCAGCGUAACUUUGGCCUUCCCGCUCACCGCCUCAUGAGACUGUGCGAGCAGCAGCAGGCGAUAGUGGAGUUUCAAAUGCAGCACGCAUGGGUCAGUGGCUUUGCACCAGACUUCCCUCCAAUUGAUCAGAGUUAAAGGAUUUCAGGUGGACUCAUUACAAUUACAGGGCCUCUAAAGAGUCCUGUAUUGUUAUUUGUCGUCACUACCUUCCCGCGUCGGGAGUGGGUCAUUUGCGCACCUGAUGCCUUCCUUACAUGUGGUAGCCGUUUCUCAGGGUCACUGUACGGAAUGGAACCCUGAUUCCCCGUUACCCGUGGUCACCAUGGUAGGUGCAUAAACUGGCAUUGAAAGUUGAUAUGGAUGACAUCCGAAUGCAAAGUCGCCGUCACGGGGAUGUGCGAUUGGCCCGAUGUUCUCUAGAGUCAACAAAGUGCCUGCGCAACUAUAAUGUCAACAGCUACUCUGCGGAACAGAGUUGUCUUUUUUUAUGUCCCAAUAUUUCGGGGGCUAUCCCAAUUCAAAAAAAAAAAAAAUAUUUAUUUAUAUAUAUAUAUAUUUAUAAAACAGUGUUGGCUACCACCUCCUCUUCCACCGCUGCUACCACCUACACCGCCACGGUCACCGCCUCCUCAACCUAUGGGUCACUUAGUAUAAACUAUGUCCACAAUAGCAGAGGCUUGUGAAGGCCUUUUCUCCAUGCAUCAGGAGUUGAGCUCAGUUUGAACAAUGAAAGAGAAUACCCUGCACUCCAACCCUCUCUCAAAUUGAUAAUUCUGUUGAUUCUCCAGACAGCCAUGUUUUAGAUUUUGAUUUAUGUUCGUCCAAAGCUAAAAUCAAAGAUUCCAUCUAGUACUAUUUUAUGGCUCCGCUGUAUUUUAAAUUUUUUGUUAUUUUAAGUGAUUUCCCUAUCCACAUUUGUUUGCAGGGCACUUGUCCUACUCUUACCCCAUCUUACUUCCCUUUGCAGCUCUAUAGCCCUUUCCAGGAGUUUUUUAGAGUCAUUUUUGUGCACAAAAGUUCGGGUCCCCAUUGACUUCAGUGGGGUUCGGGUUUGGGGUAAAGUUCGAGCUCGAACCCGGAUUUUUUUUUUUCAAAGUUCGGCUGAACCCACGGGACGUGAACAUCCAGGUGUCUGCUCAACUCUACUCCAUAUCCCCAGUGACUGGCAUACAUUGUUAGGAUUACAGGGAGUCCAGAAUUAUUAGGCAAAUGAGUAUUUUGACCACAUCAUCCUCUUUAUGCAUGUUGUCUUACUCCAAGCUGUAUAGGCUCGAAAGCCUACUACCAAUUAAGCAUAUUAGGUGAUGUGCAUCUCUGUAAUGAGAAGGGGUGUGGUCUAAUGACAUCAACACCCUAUAUCAGGUGUGCAUAAUUAUUAGGCAACUUCCUUUCCUUUGGCAAAAUGGGUCAAAAGAAGGACUUGACAGGCUCAGAAAAGUCAAAAAUAGUGAGAUAUCUUGCAGAGGGAUGCAGCACUCUUAAAAUUGCAAAGCUUCUGAAGCGUGAUCAUCGAACAAUCAAGCGUUUCAUUCAAAAUAGUCAACAGGGUCGCAAGAAGCGUGUGGAAAAACCAAGGCGCAAAAUAACUGCCCAUGAACUGAGAAAAGUCAAGCGUGCAGCUGCCACGAUGCCACUUGCCACCAGUUUGGCCAUAUUUCAGAGCUGCAACAUCACUGGAGUGCCCAAAAGCACAAGGUGUGCAAUACUCAGAGACAUGGCCAAGGUAAGAAAGGCUGAAAGACGACCACCACUGAACAAGACACACAAGCUGAAACGUCAAGACUGGGCCAAGAAAUAUCUCAAGACUGAUUUUUCUAAGGUUUUAUGGACUGAUGAAAUGAGAGUGAGUCUUGAUGGGCCAGAUGGAUGGGCCCGUGGCUGGAUUGGUAAAGGGCAGAGAGCUCCAGUCCGACUCAGACGCCAGCAAGGUGGAGGUGGAGUACUGGUUUGGGCUGGUAUCAUCAAAGAUGAGCUUGUGGGGCCUUUUCGGGUUGAGGAUGGAGUCAAGCUCAACUCCCAGUCCUACUGCCAGUUCCUGGAAGACACCUUCUUCAAGCAGUGGUACAGGAAGAAGUCUGCAUCCUUCAAGAAAAACAUGAUUUUCAUGCAGGACAAUGCUCCAUCACACGCGUCCAAGUACUCCACAGCGUGGCUGGCAAGAAAGGGUAUAAAAGAAGAAAAUCUAAUGACAUGGCCUCCUUGUUCACCUGAUCUGAACCCCAUUGAGAACCUGUGGUCCAUCAUCAAAUGUGAGAUUUACAAGGAGGGAAAACAGUACACCUCUCUGAACAGUGUCUGGGAGGCUGUGGUUGCUGCUGCACGCAAUGUUGAUGGUGAACAGAUCAAAACACUGACAGAAUCCAUGGAUGGCAGGCUUUUGAGUGUCCUUGCAAAGAAAGGUGGCUAUAUUGGUCACUGAUUUGUUUUUGUUUUGUUUUUGAAUGUCAGAAAUGUAUAUUUGUGAAUGUUGAGAUGUUAUAUUGGUUUCACUGGUAAUAAUAAAUAAUUGAAAUGGGUAUAUAUUUGUUUUUUGUUAAGUUGCCUAAUAAUUAUGCACAGUAAUAGUCACCUGCACACACAGAUAUCCCCCUAACAUAGCUAUAACUAAAAACAAACUAAAAACUACUUCCAAAAAUAUUCAGCUUUGAUAUUAAUGAGUUUUUUGGGUUCAUUGAGAACAUGGUUGUUCAAUAAUAAAAUUAAUCCUCAAAAAUACAACUUGCCUAAUAAUUCUGCACUCCCUGUAUUCUAGUGGAAAUCCUGUAAAUGUUCUUGUCGAGCAACCACCGCAGAAGGUAAUGACUUAUUUUGGGGAGGAAUCCUGAUGAGCUAGGGAAGGUUGCCUGAUUUAAUCUCUUUCAGCAAAUUCUCCUGGAAAGGCCUCAUUUUACACUGGGCUCACCUUGUCAGACCUAUAGUUGAAGACCUGAAUCCCAGUAGGCUCAUGAUGUUCUCUGCUGUUGUCACACUGACAGACAACAGUUAUUUUAUAUUUGACUGAAGACUCCUUGAAAUACCCUUUUUUUUUUUUUUUUUUUUUUAACUCAGUUCUGCAAUAAGGAUUACAAUUACUUUGGAGAGUGUCAGAAGAACAGUACUUAGUCUAAAAGGAAGGGCUUGAAACUAAAAUUGCCCUUCAUAUUUCAGAAACUUCUAAUAUUGUAGUGCAAUUGGGACAUGGAAAUUUGUAUCCUGCAAGUUGAUCCAUUGGCCUGGAAGACCACUUUCAUAAUGGAUUGAAAAGAUUCCAUCUUGCAUUUUCUGAUUCUCAGAAUCUUGUUCAGUCUGUGCAGGACCAGAAUUGGUCUCCAACCUCCUGACUUUUUUCCCUCUGUUUAAUGGAAGCUGUGGCUUGAGUGUUUUAGAAAUGCCAGAAAAUAUCCCCUUAAUAUGAUGUUUAGAACCCAUCUGUCUUGUAUAGGUUUCUCUCUGACUUAACAGAAUUUAAGCAGGCCGACCUCUACUCCUCCAGGCUGGGAGAGUAGACCAUCAUAACUAUUGCUAGUCCUCUGGAUAUGUUACCUCUGGCAGAAUGGCUUCCUUUCCAAGGCUUAGGAUCUCCCAUAUUCUGUGCCUGGCCGGUAGGCUCUGUUAUCUCGAAAGGAAGGUACCUCUGUAUAGCUUCUAUCCCUGAAGGAUCUCUUAGGCCUAUGGUCCUGCGGCAAAAAUGCUUCUUAAGAUCCUCUUCAAUGUCCUCUAUACAUAGUUUGAGAGCACGAGAGACAAAAGCAAGGACUUUAGCUGGAUAAAGCAUGAUGCCUGUUGCAACAUAAGCUUUAGCCAUGUCCAGGUCCAUUCUAGAGUCCAUAGACUCUCUCAGAGAACCAGACUUCUUAACUGUCAAAGUAGUACGCUUAGCCAAUCUUACUAUAGCUGCAUCUACCUUGGGAGCAGAAACCCACGUGAGCUCUUUAAUUGUCUCGUGUAACGGAAAUGUCUCUCUUCCUUCUGAUAUCCAAGUAGAAUUUGCUUGAUGAAGGUUCAUCUUAAACGGAUUGCUUCAAGUUUAGGGAUCUGCGCACUCUGGAGGUGAGGUGAUCCACACUGGACGGAUCUAGUGAGUCAGGAGAGGGCUGCAUUUCUUCCCCUGAAGGAAAAAGCCUCUUGAAGACAUUCCACUUCCACAUCAUAAUCACAGGAAUCGUUCUUUGACCAAACAGGAUCUAGGCCUUUUGUGUCACUUACUACCCGGGGACACUGCUCCAUGAUGUCAGGAGUAGGUUUGGAAAGAUCUGAUGCUGCUUACAUGCACUCAGCGCUGAGGCGCUUUGAAGUUGCACAAUUCACAUAGAUUUUUUCCCCCAUUGAGCUACACCAAAUGGAAAAUCGGAGUAUACUGCUUUUUUUGUUUAUAAACAUAAAAGAGGAAAAAUCACGGAUUUGGCACUGUAAAAAAACUGUGACAUCGUAAAUUAUGUUGACGCAAGAUGGCCACCAUUUACUUGCUGCGCAUGCAGACCCAUUGACUUUUGCACAUGUGCACCGCGUCAUACGCCCUCUGUUCUCUCUGUACGUGUGCAGUAAUGCAGACGAUGGAAAUGAACAGACGACAUUUAGACUUCCACGUGUAAUUUUGCUCUGAAUUCGACUGGAUCAAAAAAAGUUACACCCAAAAAACGGCAAAUGGAAUCGGUGUGGGGGGGAGAAUGAGAAAUGAAGGGGGGAAAAGGGAGGCAAAUACAUAAAGGAUGGAUUAUAGGCACCACUAGACACCAGGAACGUUCAUACAAAAAAGAUAAGUCCUGCGCUCACUCCCAUCAUUACUGGGCCGGGAGCAAUGACUACAGUACACAUCAGCCCUAAUAUAUAGUAAAAACCAAAGAAAAUAAAGUUACCUGCGCUCUCUCCUUAAUCCCUAUGUAUAUUUAGACAAAUGGAGGUCAUUUAGUUGCUCCAAUGGCCAUUGGAGGGAAUUGUCACAUAUUCAUCCGCUUAUAGAAAUGUGGUUAAUGACAUUUACUGUCCACACAGGAAAAGUUGUGCCGAGCAGCAACCUAAUCCACAGAAGGGUUAAUGCUGAGCAGUAAUUGUGCAAAUGAAACCUGGUGUCAUGUAUUCAUCCGCUUAGAGAAAAGUGAUUAAUGACAUUUACUGUCCACACAGGAAAAGUUGUGCCGAGCAGCAACCUAAUCCACAGAAGGGUUAAUGCUGAGCAGCAAUUAUGCAAAUGAAACCUGAAAGGCCGGUUACAGCCUAUCAGAACUAAAGGAGGGGUAUUUAGGCCCAGUUCUCAGCCUGCUCAGUGCCCUGUCGUGGUUUCCCUUGUGGUUGUCUGAGAGCGCGUUCCUGUUUAUAGUUUUCUACCUGGUUUUUGACUUUGGCUUUGUUUAUUGACUUCUCUAUAUUCUGGUAUCCUGACUCCUGGCUUUCCUCAUCGCUGUGUCCCUUUCUGUGUUCUCUGACCUCGGCUAGUAUUUUUGACUAUUCUUUGUACGUUAAAUCCGGCCAUUCUAAGGACCGGUAAUACGUUACUUAUUUGUCAUCCGUGCUGUACAGUUCUACGUGCUGGAUCAAACAGUAAUCCUGACAUUACGACAUGGCCAUAGAUCCUGUAGAACUGUGUCAGCACAUAGCUGCUUGCGAGAGGAAAUUAGAGGAGAAUGAUCACCGCAUGGAUCAAUUCACUCAGGCUUUAAGUACGCUUCUCGCUAGAACGGAGCAUCUGCAGCCUGCAGCGUCUCCUCCUAUAGCACCUCUACCCUGUGUACCUCCACCCACUGUUAAUAGGACUCCUUGCAUCUCCUUAUCACCAUCCCUACAGUUUGAUGGCAAUAUCCAGGAAUGCAGGGGUUUUCUUAAUCAGGUGGAGUACCAUUUUGAGGCCUCACCAGGGUCAUUCCCCACGGACAGAGCAAGAAUUGGUUAUCUAAUGAAUCAAUUAAAGGGCAAGGCCCUUGCCUGGGCUAAUCCGUUGUGGGAGAGUAAUCGGAGCAUAGCUCAUAAUUACCAGGAAUUCCUUGCCGAAUUCAAGCUCACGUUUGAGCCAUUGGGUAGAGAGGAUGACGCCUCCACUGCCCUAAUGCACAUCAGACAAGGUAACCGGUCUAUCUCGGAUUAUGCUAUUGAAUUCCGUACCUUAGCUUCCGAGGUAGACUGGACUAACAAUGGGUUAAUCUCAGCAUUCAAAAAGGGUCUCUCAGAGACUAUACUAGAUGAGAUAGCCGCUAAAGAAUUACCUAAGAGUCUUAACGAAUUUAUUACGUUUGUCAUGCAUAUUGAUAAUAGGUUAAGACUCAGAGAAGUCACCAGAAGCAAGACCAGACGUACGGCUAUGUCCCUAGCACCUCAAUUCUCUAAACCUGUUUUGUCUAACCUCCCUGUACAGUCCGAACCCGAACCUAUGCAGUUGGGGGUCACUAGACUGUCAGAGGCCGAAAAACAGUAUAGGAGAAGGGAGGGGUUAUGCCUAUAUUGCGGUAGAAAGGGACAUAUGAUAACUAAUUGUCCAGUGCGUCCGGAAAACUUCCGCACCUAAGAACCUUAAGGGGACAGAUCUUAGGUGUGAUGGAGUUGUCCUCUAACAAAAACAAAAGUAGAUUCCUCCUUGAGGUAUCUAUUUCCCUUGAUAACAAGAAGUUUUCUUGCAGUGCCCUAAUGGUGCUGCUGGAAAUUUUAUUGAUGUCCAGUUUAUUAGGGGUAAUGAGAUACCGGUCAGGGAGAGACCUACGCCGCUAGCUGUAGAGGCUAUUGAUGGUAGACCACUCACACAACCGCUUAUAACCCACGAAACUGUCCCUAUUACGAUCUCCAUUGGGGCCUCCCAUAGGGAGGAGAUGACGUUUCAGGUUAUUACUUCUCCAUCAUGUCCUAUCAUAUUAGGGUUUCCGUGGCUGAGUAAGCACAAUCCCUAUAUUGACUGGGCUAAUGGGGAGAUAUUAGAAUGGGGUAAAGAGUGUAUGGGGAGAUGUAUAAAACCAGUACUAAAGAGAUUGGAUACAAUUGACCUUCCCACUACCACUCCCCAAACUCCUGGAGUUCCCAUACAAUACCGAGAACUUCAGGAGGUGUUUAACAAGGCUCAAUCCGAUGUAUUGCCUCCCCACAGAGCAUAUGACUGUGCCAUUAACCUGUUUCCAGGCGCUAUGCCACCUAAGGGGGCAGUUUAUGCCUUAUCUCCCCAGGAGAGUAAAAUAAUGGAGGAAUACAUCAAAGAAUCCUUGAGCAAAGGGCACAUAAGAAAGUCAUCCUCACCAGCUGGUGCAGGAUUCUUUUUUGUUGAGAAAAAGGGUGGUGAGUUACGCCCUUGCAUAGACUACAGGGCACUUAAUAAAAUCACUGUAAAAAAUGCAUACCCUAUUCCACUCAUUUCCGAAUUGUUCGAUAGACUUCAGGGAGCUAAAGUAUUUACUAAGCUUGACCUUAGGAGCGCUUACAAUUUGGUUAGAAUUAAAGAGAAUCAUGAGUGGAAGACGGCAUUUAAUACCCGUAGUGGACACUAUGAAUAUCUGGUAAUGCCAUUUGGGUUAUGCAACGCCCCGGCCGUAUUCCAAGACUUUAUAAAUGAUGUACUCAGGGAAUUCAUUUACUCAUUUGUCUUGGUUUAUUUGGACGAUAUUUUGGUGUAUUCCCCUGAUCUUCAAACUCACCACUCCCAUGUGAAACAGGUUCUGCAGACGUUGUUGAAAAAUAAACUUUAUUGUAAAUUAGAAAAGUGCAUAUUUGACCAGCCUGAAGUCCACUUUUUGGGUUACAACAUCUCUGCAUCGGGAUUUCAAAUGGAUCCUAAAAAACUAGAGGCUGUACUACACUGGCCAUUACCCUCUGGUUUAAAAGCCAUUCAAAGGUUUAUUGGUUUUGCCAACUAUUACAGAAGAUUCAUCAAGGGAUUUUCUUCUGUAAUAGCCCCAAUCACAAAUAUGACUCGCAAAGGGGUUAGUAGCACGGUAUGGUCCAAAGAGGCUGUGAAUGCUUUUGAGACUCUUAAACAAAGAUUUGCCUCUGCGGACAUACUAAAACAUCCUGACACCAGUAAACCUUUUAUUUUGGAGGUUGAUGCAUCCGAGACAGGGGUAGGGGCUGUUCUCUCUCAGAGAGAAAGCCAGGGAACACCAUUGCAUCCUUGUGGCUACUUCUCCAGAAAGAUGUCUCCUGCUGAGCGCAACUAUGAUAUUGGCAAUAGAGAACUGUUGGCCAUUAUUCUUGCCCUCAAGGAGUGGCGACAUCUUUUGGAGGGUUCCAAGGACCCCCUGUUGAUCAUAACCGACCACAAAAAUCUGGCAUAUAUAGGGGAUGCCAAACGUUUGUCUUCCAGACAGGCUAGAUGGUCACUGUUCCUUUCACGUUUUAACUUUCUCAUUACUUAUAGACCUGGUUCUAAAAAUACCAAGGCUGAUGCCUUGUCCAGGCAAUUUGAUAAUGAGUCAGCUCCGGAACAGAUGACAUCUCCUAUUAUUCCACCAGAGUGUAUUAUUGCUACUACUGUCCUCUCACUGUCUUCUCCACUGCUUGGCACCAUACUGGAGGCCCAGCCUCAGGCGCCCAGUGGUAAACCGUGUGAUAAACUGUUCGUUCACCUAUGUGAAAGGGUUAAUAUCAUGAAAGUGUUCCAUGACAAUAUAACUGCUGGACACCCGGCAUCAAUAAGUCCACUGCCGCGAUCACUAGAUCAUUUUGGUGGGAUUCACUCAGGAAAGAUGUAAAGGAGUAUGUGCAGGCAUGUUCUGUGUGUGCAGUUUCUAAGGUGACUCAUGCACUUCCUUGUGGCCUGUUGCAGCCUCUUCCUGUUCCUGAGAUUCCAUGGUCCCACCUAUCCAUGGACUUUAUUGUUGAGCUUCCUAGCUCUGCUGGGUUCACUACUAUUCUCAUGGUUGUAGACCGAUUUUCUAAGAUGGCUCACUUCAUUCCUCUCAAGAAGUUGCCAUCUUCGCAAGAUUUGGUCCUAAUUUUCAUACGUGAAAUUGUCCGUUUGCAUGGCAUCCCCCACAAUAUUGUGUCUGAUAGGGGCUCUCAGUUUGUGUCCAGGUUCUGGAGGGCGUUCAGUAAACAAUUGGGGAUUGAUCUCUCCUUCUCCUCCUCCUACCAUCCACAGACCAAUGGUACAGCUGAGAGGGCUAACCAGUCAUUAGAAGUUUAUUUGCUUUGUUUUAUUAAUAGCACACAAGACAAUUGGUCCGAACUACUCCCGUGGGCCGAGUUCGCUAGAAACAAUGCUGUUCAUGACUCCUCUGGGCACAGUCUAUUUUUUUUGUCAAUAAUGGUAGGCAUCCUACGGUUCUCCCUGCGGUAUUUUCUGAUACUGCCGUUCCUGCUCUGGAUGAGCGUCUGGCCUCCAUUCGGGAUACCUGGGUUAAGGUUCAAACUGCUCUAGGGGCUGCUGCUGAAACAUUCAAACAUUUUGCUGAUAAGCGUAGGAGUGCCAACCCGGUGUACCAAGUGGGGUACCGGGUUUGGUUGUCAUCUCGCAACAUCAAGCUUAAGGUCCCUAGCAUGAAGUUUGCCCCCAGAUUCCUUGGUCCCUAUAGAGUGCUUCGUAGGAUCAAUCCAGUGUCUUACUCUCUGGCUCUUCCUGCAUCUUUAGGGAUUUCCAACACUUUUCAUGUGUCCUUACUCAAACCUCUUGUCUGCAAUAGAUAUACUGUUCCUUGUGUUCCUCCCCCUCCGGUGGUGGUGGGUGGUCAGGAAGAGUAUGAGGUAUCUUCUAUCGUGGAUUCUAGGUUUUCUCGGGGCACUUUACAGUACUUGGUUGUUUGGAAAGGUUACGGUCCUGCUGAUCGUUCUUGGGUUUCGGCUCCUGACCUGCAUGCGGGCCGUAAGAUCCGCGCUUUUCACGCUAAAUUUCCUCUCAAGCCUGGUCCUGUCCGCCCGGUGGGCGUUCUUCAGGUGGGGGGUAAUGUCACGUAUUCAUCAGCUUAUAGAAAUGUGGUUAAUGACAUUUACUGUCCACACAGGAAAAGUUGUGCCGAGCAGCAACCUAAUCCACAGAAGGGUUAAUGCUGAGCAGUAAUUGUGCAAAUGAAACCUGGUGUCAUGUAUUCAUCCGCUUAGAGAAAAGUGAUUAAUGACAUUUACUGUCCACACAGGAAAAGUUGUGCCGAGCAGCAACCUAAUCCACAGAAGGGUUAAUGCUGAGCAGCAAUUAUGCAAAUGAAACCUGGUAACUGACUUUGGGGUCAAAGGCCGGUUACAGCCUAUCAGAACUAAAGGAGGGGUAUUUAGGCCCAGUUCUCAGCCUGCUCAGUGCCCUGUCGUGGUUUCCCUUGUGGUUGUCUGAGAGCGCGUUCCUGUUUAUAGUUUUCUACCUGGUUUUUUACUUUGGCUUUGUUUAUUGACUUCUCUAUAUUCUGGUAUCCUGACUCCUGGCUUUCCUCAUCGCUGUGUCCCUUUCUGUGUUCCCUGACCUCGGCUAGUAUUUUUGACUAUUCUUUGUACGUUAAAUCCGGCCAUUCUAAGGACUGGUAAUACGUUACUUAUUUGUCAUCCGUGCUGUGCAGUUCUACGUGCUGGAUCAAACAGUAAUCCUGACAGGAAUGCCCGCCUGCCGACGUCAAGGAAGACCCCCCCUAAAGCUGGUCCUACACUGACCCUUCAUCCUGCUUCCUUGAGCUUCAUUAGAGAUAUCUUUGCCAGAAGCUCAUAAUCCUUUGCUAUACCAAACUAAAAAGGAAGUAAUUAUCUUUUUUAUUGUUUAUAUGCACUGCACCUGGGUGGUCCAAAUCUCUAUUUUUGUAUUAUAUUUGAAAACACAAUGUAUUAAUAGUUUAAUACAUCCAUGUAGCUGACACUGCCAAUACACCGUGACAAGUACAGAUGCUGUUUAAAUAGCACCCUCAUUUUCACUUCUCAUUCUGUCAUUGUGCAAUGGUUCUGUACAUUGCAGUAGUAUCCAUGCAACUGAGAAACAUAGGGAGUUUAGCUACACACAGCCAGUCUGUUCUAAAUGCACACAAUGCAUAAGGUGAAUUUUCUGAUCCAACCUAUUCCAACCGGGCCUUUAGUGAAGAACUAUAAAUUGUGUGGUUCCUUAUCAUCUGAGACAUUUCAGGGUUAUAAACUAAAAUUAGAAUUCAGAGUGAAUAUAGUGUAAAAUAAUAAAUCUUCAUGUUGGCUAUGCUUCGUUCUGCUACUCUGGUUUUAGUUGUAUAAACUUAUAUGUAUAUAAGUCCACCAAUUGUACAGAACUGUGGAAUUUGUUGGUGCUUUAUAAAUAAUACACUAUUUCUGCAGUGUUGUGAACAGCAGAAUACAUAAAAAGUGUCUUUGUUACCUUAUAGGGUCUUACAUAUUUUGCAUGCAUGAAUGCAUAACACAGACCACAAGAACAAAACCAAGUCACACAGUCUGCUGUAAUCGGCCUGAUGCCCAUAGGCACAAUUUGAUGGAGGAAACUUGGCCUUUUUUGUCAAAUUUUGCAACUUUGGUUUUAUUAUUAAACAGAAUAUUCAUUGCUUUAUCUUUUGUGUCUUAAAUGAUUUGGAAUUUCAGUGAAAAUUUGAGUGGUCAAUGUGAUUCUAUCGAUAAAAUGCAAAAUGUUUGGUAAGGUAACCUUUAAGCUCUGUUUUCUGCAAUAUGAGGAAGGUUUGGCCAGGCAGCAGGUGCAACUUCAGGGCUAACCGGUGCCAAACACUUUAAAUCCUGAAGAUAAGACUGACUCCAGCCCUCAUAACAACUUCAAUUAUCUUGCAUUAAAAUUGGGAAGCACCUUUCUCUUGCUUGACUUGAAGGCAUUCUGCACCACCUUAUAUCUUUUGUAGCUUAAUUUAUCCUGCCUAUAGAUCUUGUAUCAUGUACUUAAUAUCUGCAUAUUUCAUCCCACCUCUAUAAAUUGUCCUAUUUACUUAUUACUUUUCUUACCAACUCUGUUUUUCCUCUUUAGGUCCACAGAGGGAUGCCACAACUGCUCGUGAGUUCAUACUAAAAAUGUUUGUGGACCUGAAUCCCGACAGUGACAAGAUAAUCUACUCACACUUCACGUGUGCCACAGACACGGAGAACAUCCGCUUUGUAUUCGCUGCUGUUAAAGAUACCAUUUUACAGCUUAAUCUGAAAGAGUACAACCUGGUGUGACAAGGCUGGCCCAAAUUUUCUCCUUGAUCUCCUCACCUGAGUGGUGUGAUUUUCUUUUUCAUAAUGUUUUUAGUUUACUUGCAUCUGUGCCCCACAAACAACUUGAAGAGGGGGCUAAGGUUUGCAUUUGUCUUUUUUGUUUUGUUUUAUCUUUAUUUCUUGUUUUUGUUUUACUCCCCUGGCCAAAUGUUGAAAUAUGGCACGGUGCUGCUAGCCUGCCUUGGAGACACGUUGUUAAACACGAGUGUCUCUUUAAGUAGCUUUUUCAAGAAUAUUUUUUAAUUCAUUAUUGCAGUGAGAUGAAGUGGAGAAGCAGAGUCAAUAGAGGCUAGGCUGGUGGCUCAUGGUCUACCACUUUUUGUGCUCUCUCCUUUUUUUUUUUUUUUUAAUGGCCUUUUUAAAAACACUUGAUUCUGAAGUGUUCUCAUAGGAGUUACACUCCAAAUUGAUUCCACCUUGAUGAUUUUGUUUUAUAUAUAAAUAUAUUUUUAACCUGUGUUGCAUGUUUUAACAGAUUUUAAUAUAAAUGACAGGGCUAAAAAUCUGUUCUUUCUAGGGAUGACAGAAUUGAGUGUAUUGCUUCAGUUUUAGAACCCUUCAUUAUCCAAAACUCCCUUUUAUUCUUUAAAGUAUAUUCUGUGAUGGAUAAACAGCAGAGUGUGACUAAAACACCUAACUUGGCUUGCAUCUAGAUCAAUUGGGUUUUUGUCAUGUUGUACUGGAAAAACUAGCAGCCAGUAGGGUUCAUGCUAUCUUACUGUAUUAAAUCACUGUGUGUCCUUUCACUCUUGGUCAGAAUAUUUACAAUGCACUGUACACAGACUCCCUUCUACCAACUUCUUACUUUUGUAAGUAGCUGUAUUUGCCUUUGUAGCCCAGAAAUAUGGCAGGGUAUCUCUUAAUGGAAUUCAGGAAUACUGUUAGAACAAUUUAGGAGUUUGAUUACAUGCGUCGGGAGAGGCCAAAAGGUAAACUUCCAGCUGUUGUAGAUUACAUUUACUUCUUGACCACCCUGAUAUCUGAGUAGCAUUUAAAGCAAUGAACCAUCACAGAUCUAUUUUACAUUAAUUGUUGUUCUGAAGUGAUGUUUUGACACUAGAAGAGUAGUCUUUCAUGGAAUACACUACAAUUGAUUGGUACUAAUCUGCAUACACUUCCUCUGUUUCUUUAAAGCUCAUUUUGUCCUUAACAUCUACAUGACAGCAUUGAUCAUUUUGCACAAUUAGUUUUGAUGUCCUCCUUUACAAUCAGCACUAUUAUGCUAAGAGAUAUUUGAUUUUGAUCUCUAAAUAUUGUACUAAAGCUUGAUCAACCAGUUCUGUGCCAAGCUGCUGGCAAAUUGUUGCUGGCUUUCCUGGUUGAAAAAGCAUAGAGUAGUAACUUUGCACAGCAGCGACAUCUUUUGUCUAACUUGAGAAUAUUUUCUUGCUUAUGUACUUUGAAAUAGUCCAUUCUUGUAUUUAUUUGUAAUUCUCAAACUAAAAUUGAGCAUUCAGACAACACUUUUGCAAUGGAUUGCAUGAAGCAUAGUAUUUUAAAGGUUCCCUCACAAAGCCUCUCUUUUGCUCAUUACAAAUUAUGUGUCUGUGCUGGUGACACCUGUUUGUCAUGGACAACUUUAUUUAAAGUAUCUUCAUCGAGUGCACAAACAAGUUAAGCCAUCACAGUUUGUUUUAUUUUUCUCCACAUUUCUUAAAUUCUUCUAUCGCCUCACAAACAACCAGUAUUCACAGGUUCUAUCAGUGAUGUAGUUUCUAAUUAUGACUCUAAAGUAAGAGUGAAAAUGAUAUGCUUCCGUCACCCAACUUUCAUAGGAAGGGUGGGUAGGAAGCUUAAGCACUUGCACAAUAUGCCUACAUUACAACAGAAAAGAUCCAAACUACCAUGAAUACCAAUCCAAAUCUGCCUUUCAUAAGUGAGAUUUUGUUUAAUAUAUUUGAAAGCAUAUAUUUUUUUUUUCUUCAAUAACUUCAGUAAGAUCUUCUGUAACUUUCAGACAUUAAUAGGACACAUUUGAUAUAGCUUAAUUCUUAAAUGAACACUCAAAGUUCCACAAACAUUACAGCCCAUUGUAGAGGUUACAGUGCCUGGAGUGCCUUGGCAACACCAAUGUAAGUAGUAAAGGCAUUUGUUAACCCGUGGUCCACUUAGUCCCUCUUCUUGCAGUUGGAAGCUCUAUUCCUAAGCUAAACUUGUUGGUGUGUCUUAGCUCAUAGGCUGAGAGUUAUAAGCUUAUUCUGUCAGCAAAUGAGUUGGCCCUGCACUGCAGAGUUUUUCUCAAAAGAGCUAAGGAAAACUCCUAGCAGGAGCUUUUGGCUCUCACUUUCACUUGCGGAGAGGUAAGGACAAUGCGGUUACCAUAACCACUACAGUGCAUAUUGGCUAUCAUGCUGGAAAUGUUCCUUUUAACAUGCUUUCAUACUGUGUGCUUAAUACUGCAAAACUCCCCAAAAUGUUGCUCUUACAUUAGUUCCAGACAAAUUAUGGGCCUUGCUGUAUCAUUAUUUUAUAUGAAAUCUAAUUUUGGGACCACAAACAAACAGUGGGGAAAAAAAAAAGUUAGAAUCCAUUUCACUUAACAUCAAAAACUGGUUAGUUUGGGGAAACUUUUUAUUUUGGGGUAAUCAAGUUUGUCUAUAUAGAAUUAUUAUAAUAAAAAAAAAAAAUAUAUAUAUAUAUAUAUAUAUAUAUAUAUAUAUAUGAGAUCAUUCACUACAUUCUUCUACACUACAGAGAUCAUUCCCCCCACUGUUUGAAUGUGUGUAGGAUCUUCACUAUAUCUUUAACUGAUCAUUGUGUUUAUCAGGUGAGGUUGCAGAUAUUUUUCAGCUUUGCACAAUACGUAUUGCAUUUUUGUUAAAUUGUAUUAUAAAAUCAUGAUCUGCUAAUAAUAAUUGCUUUAUUAGCUUUUGUUUUCUUUUUCUGAAAAUGAAGUGUUGUGUGAAGAUAUGCCAAUCCUGUACUCCCCUCAUCCAUUUUGGGACAAGAUUGUUUUUGUAGAAUGAGCUUAUUGUAAAAACAGAAACCCCCCCGCCUAACUUCGGUAUUUUGUUUUCUAUUUAUUUCUUAUUAAAUGAUUUGUUGAAAAACAAAUAUUUGAUUUUGAAUAUAUAUAAUUAUGGUAUAUACCUUAUUAAUUUUCAUAACUAUUUAACUGUAUGUGCUCAAUCAUUCCCUUCUCGUAAGAGAACAAGCACAUUAAUUAGCUUGAAUAAAGCACCAGGAUUCCUAGAAACCUUUUUUUUUUUUUUUCUCCCUAGUCUGAUGUUUUGUUUUCUUCAGCCUACAUAAAAUGCUUUCAGUUCUCUACAACUUAAACUUACCAGUUGGGGCUUUGUAUCCAUAAUCUGAAUUCUGAGGUCUCAGAACGUAAAGGUAAAUGGGAUAGCAGCUUUUCAGUCAGAUACAGCCAGAAUCCCCCUCCCCCUCAAUGCCAAUAUAUUUGUAUGGUGUUUAAAUCCCACCUCUGCCUUGAUAGGCUAUUAAGGGACAUCACAAUGGUCUUAUCAAUACAUGUUACUCUUGUUUUGGUGUGGUUUUUUUUUUUUUUUUUUGAGGUUUUUUCUUCCUUUUUAUAUGAUGUAUAUUAUCAAUAUUAUAUAUUUUUAAAUCUGCUUCUAUGUGAUUCUUGUAAAGCAUCCUUUUUCCCCACAUCACCAUUUCAUAUUGCACUGUGUAAAAAUUAAAAGUUAUUAAUGCUUCUUCCAUCCUUUUCUCCUCUGCUUAGUAUUCAGCCAAUCAAGAGUACAGAGUGGAAAGCAUUUAUUAAAUAAAACAAUUAAAAAAGAAGAAAAAAAAAACCAAAACAUACAUAUAAUAUAUAAUUUCUUCCCACUUUGCACUGAUCUACAGUUUAAAUAAUUGCUGAAUUUAUGGAAAACAUUUUAUGUUGCCAGUUUACUGUUGUACCUUGGUUUAGUACAAGUGCCAAAGUAGUUGUAUUCAUAGGCUUUACUUCCCCGUUGUUUUGCAAAUAUAUAUAUAUAUACACACACAUUUCUUUCUGAUUACUUUUUUCUUUUUCAACUUCAUUCCACUAUCCUUAUACAUAUUUCAUAUUGUAAACCGCCAUUAAAUGAAUAUCUAGUCGGUAAACCCACACUAAUUGCGCAAGAAGACUUUAUUCACUAAUUCACUAUGGGUUCGCUCUAUGUACAACAGCUAUGUACAACAGCGUAUUAUCUCAUUGUCUGUGUCCUAGAGAGACCUUGGCGGUUUAUGAAGAAAUCUAACCUAUGCAGGUAGCUGAUUCUUUUGGGUUAGGUAAUAAAUUGUAUUUUAUCAAAUAUAUUUUUGUUGAAUUUCCCCAAAACUAUUAACGUAUUACUCUUAAGUUUCAGCAGAAAUUGUGAGUGUGAAAAUAAUAUUCAAGUAACAUCUUCUUAGAGAAAUGUCAAGGGUGAACAACAUACCCAAUGAUAAAUCGUGUAUAACUGAUUUAUCCUUUUCUAAUACCUGCUUAACUAUGCUCUUAUAAAUGUUAUGGUAUUGUUAUUCACCCAGUUUUAAAUGGUUUAUUUCAGGUGGUUUCUAACAUUUCAUUGCUACUUUUCUUAAAAGGGGUUGGUUUUAUAAAAAAAUAAUCACCUUGACCCCAUUUUUAAGAUUGUCACAAGAUGAGAUAUAUAUAUAUAUAUAUAUAUAUACACACACACACCUUAUUUAGUAUUCUACACAUUAACUGGGACCAAGGCUGUUUCACGAAUAGUAGAAUUUUAUUGAAAUAUUUUUAAAGUUUUUGAAUUGAAUUGCUUUUAUUGGCUUUCCAACCUAGUGUUUCAAAACUGUUCUGUUUCAAAUUUGGGAAAAGCUAGGUGUUCAUUCUUUGUGAAACAAAUGACUCUUUAAAAUGUAAUGAAGUGUGUGUGGUCAUACCAGUCAGUGUUCUAUUAUGCACCUGUCACUAGUAGUAGUCUUGUUUCCAAACUCCCCCUUUAAAUUUUGGAGGCCUGAAAUUAACCAGUUUUGUUGUGGGAGAGUUGCAGAUCAGGGAAGCAGAUCCCUUUUUACUGUUUUCACAUUGUCUACACCCUGAUAUCUGGGCACUGGGUUAAUACUGUGUAUUUGUAUUUUUUUAUUUUUAAAAUUAUUUCUUUUAAAACAAUUGCUUGUACCUCUGUCUUUUUGUGCUGACUUCCCCCUCUGCCUUUAAUACCUAAAUGCACACUGGAAUUUGAUUUUCAUAUCGUGCUCCUCAAAAUAAAUUGUUUGAAAUUGGAAUAAAUUUUGUUCCUUUAAAAUUGG